AUGACGUCUCAGGAAGAGACGCUCUCCUUCAGGAGGUUUUUUCAGUACGUGGAGGACAGUGGUCUUCAAGCCUACGACGGUCUGGUGAUCCAAAAUGCUUCAGAUAUAGCUAGAGAGAGUGAUCGUAUUCGAAACCAGACCAACUGGACCUACCUGCAGGAAAAACACCAGAAGAAGAGACGACAGGAAGAAGCCAUUAAAAGGUUAGAAAGAUUAAACAUUCAAGACCCACAAAAUGUUAACCAAAUAUUUUAUUUUCAUCAGCUCACUGCCUAGAAGAAAGCUGUACAGUGAUUUCUUAAACAUAACAGUCAGUCAUUUGAUCAGUCACUCAGUCAGUCAGUCAAUGAGACAGUCAGCCAGCUGAUAGUCAUGUAUCUGAUCAGUGUUUGAGUUCGGAUGAUACAAACCUUUGAAGAAAACCACAGCAACCUUUUACAACAGACCAACAGAAACAUCACAGUUGUCAGCAUUUUUGACUCUGAUAUACGUACAUUAACAUGCAGUUAACAUCUCAGAACACAAAAAAAUUAUCUUGAGAUUAGGUCUUAUCUGUCACGCAGACACAGCAGUGUAAAAGGUAGGGUGCAUAACUUAAGUUGUUCUGUAACUCCAAAAAAGGAUAUUUAAAACAUAAAAAUAGAAUAAAGAGUAUAAAUGUAUAAGAGUCCUAGGCAAUAUAGUCAGUAACUGGGGUCUACCUUGUCAUAAAAAUAGGUCCUUUUAUCUGUAACUGGGCAGUCAAAUAUUCCAUCAAGUAGUCUUGCUUUACUUUCUGUAACCAUCAUAGGAGGGUGAGGCGCCAUCCAAUCCGGAGUAAUAAUUUUUCUUGCAGUCAACAACAAAACAUGUAGGGCUCUAUUUUUGUGCCUCGCUGGAGACGUGCCGCAAGCGCGGCGUAAGUCAGAUCCGCCGCGCCGACAAGGCGUUCCCAAGCACAAUUUGGUAUUUUGGUGAGCAGUGCAGCCCGGCGUAAGUAUCCCCCCUCCCUAACUCAGCUCCUCCCAGCGGCGUAAGUCAUAGUGAGGGAGGAGAGAGGGCGUAGAGUGGGGCGUCAUUGGGCGUCCUCCACACUCUCUCAUAUGAGCACAGAUGGAUUUGGUGUGUGUAAUGUUGGACCCACUGGUAAGACAAACACCCUUUUCCACAAAUAAAGACACUCACAUAAAGUUGCAUAUAUUCAAACCUCACGUGACAAUGGUGGGUUGUGCGCACAGAUCACAACAUAAACUCCAAAAAUGGCAUUAAAAUCGGAACCAUCUGUGCGUAAAUUACGCAUCGCGCUCCGUGGCCGGGCUCUUUCUUUCAUAGAUGUUGGCAUAUAAAAUAAAUUUUUUAUUAUAAUAUCCGUAUGUCGGCUUUAAGUAGAUAACGCAUCUGAGCGCUGAAACAAAUCAUCUGUUCAGCCGCCGCUGCUGAAGCAGGACAGAGAGAGGACACGGAGACGUGUCCAGGUCAAGCUGUGUGAGAAAUAAGAGGAGGAGGAAGAAAGAAAAGGAGGGAGACAAAUUACAUAUCUUGUUAACUUCAUCAUGUGUGUCUAUUUACUAGAUAUUUAAUUUAAUUCAAUGCGAUUUCAACUGUGUUGAUUCGGUCAGGUUGUGUGUCCAAACGUGCUCAUCAGAUAUAGAUCAGAAUAUAUCGAUAUAGAUCUAAAUGUAUGUGCUGACUCAGAUUAUUAGUUGUUAUUGAUUAUUUAGCGUCUUUGAGUGUUUUUAAAAGUGCUGUACAAAUAAAAUGAAUUAUUAUUAUUAUUAUUAUUUAUUGCACUGAAAUGUGCCUGACACUGUGGAAACCUGCCGGUGAGGCAUCAGUGACGUAUGCCAAUACGCCGCCGGUAGGGCUGGGUAUUGAUUCAGAUUUUCCAAAUCGAUUCGAUUCGAUUUUACAAGGUCCAAUUCGAUUCGAUUCACGAUUCGAUUCGAUAUCGAUUCAGUCAGGGAUAUCUCAGUUAAAAAUGGCCAAAUGCAUUGAACUUAACUAGUAACCUUUUGACCUGGUAGAUUAUUAAAAAUUGUUUACAUUAAAAAUUGCACCCAAACUAGUAGCAUUCAUCAUGUGCAUUAUUUAAACAUGACCAAGUGACUGACAGAAAAUAAAUGAAUAUAAAUUAAAUUAAAAUAAAUUACAUGACAAUAUAAAUAAAGUAGCUACAAAGAUGACACAAAUAAACAGGACACUCACUUAUCUGCAACUGUCUUACAGCUUUUGUGCAAUAACACAGUGGUUGUGACACAACUGUAUCAAAACAGAUCCAUCUGUUGACUCAAAUAAAUGGCAAAUUAAAAUAGUGCAAAUAAGUCCGUUUUUUUUUAACAUGGUCAGUAUAUUUUGAACACACUAUGUAAACUGAAAAAUGGUGACAUUACAUCCUGUUUUUCUGGCAUUCUGAACUUCAUGUCAGUUUUGGUUUGUUUUUCCAUGAACACAAAAUAGAAAAGUGCUUAAGUCUAAACAGCGCUGAAUUACUUCUGAAAAUAAGCGUUUUCCUGAAACAUUAAUGCAAAAGAUCUUGUAAACUUCUGAACAAUAAUCACACUGUGUGACCUUUCAUCCCUUUUCUUACUUGUUGGAGAGAGUAAGAUUUUUCUGCAUGAAAAGGAGCUGAUCAACAUGUUGAGGAGUAAGGCAGCUCCUUUUUGCUGUGACUAUAUCACCAGCGGUGGAAAAAACCCGCUCAGAUGGGACACUGGUACCAGGUACACAAAGGUACCGUUUUGCUUGGUGGGCCAAUAGGGGAUAAUGCUUUGCACGUGCUCUCCACCAUUUGAGAGGAUCCUCAGAGAGUGGAAUGGGUGUUAGAUCCUUGUAUUUUUUUAUUUCAUCCUGGGCCUUUUCAAGUACAGUUUUCUGGGUUACCAUCUCUUUUGGCAUGUAGGUUGACCCAAGGAGAGACAUCAGUGCAGAGGAUUCUUUUGGCUUCUUUGGUGGAGUAACAUCUUCAAUGGGAUCAGGCACAGCUUCCUCUGUUCCACCAAAAGCAGAUGUUUGCUGUUGAAAACAGGAAUAAAAUUAUUUGGAAAAUCACUUGGUACACUAUUUGGAAUACAAUUGCUUAAUAUUACAAUAUUAAAGACAAAUUAAAUUUGAAUUGAAUACAGUAAGGUACAAAACUGUAAGAAAUUAGUUAUUUUGUGUCUUUAACUUACAUUAGAUGCCUCUGCCUGCUUGACACCAGCAGCUUCAGUCACCAGUUGGGAGAAUGUGCGGUCCCGGGCCUCAUCAUGCAAGAAAGGCAAAGCCUUGAAACGAGGGUCUAAUGCUGAAGCAACAUAGAGCCUGUCCUUUAGGGCUCCAUACCUUGAAAAGAUAUCACAUAUUUUAAUCAUGUUAUUUCACAGGAUAUUAAUGUGCAUGCAUGCACACACUUCACAUUUUUUAAGCAUACCUGGAAUUCAGGUUGUUGUAUGCAGCUGUCUUGAUCUCUUUGAUGAGUGUUGAAUCUUCAGGGACACAGCGCAUCUCCUCCAACAGUUGUGCAUGCAUGGGUGCGAUGAUGGACAGCAUCGGUGACGUCCCCUCAGACAUGGCAAGAGUGGCUGCUUUCAGUGGCUGAAGAGCUUUAACCAGAUCUUCUGCUACUGUUAUGUCCACUUCUGUCAACGUGCAGAGAUCUUUCUCGUUUCUGCGCACUUCAGGUGACAGUAGAGCUGCUGAGAUUGCUGGUUGCUGCUCAAGGAACCGUUCUAGCAUCUCCAGUGAGCUGUUCCAUCGAGUCACCACAUCAAUCACCAACUUGUGUACAGGAAGCUCCAGUACCUUUUGCUUCUCACUGAGGAUGCGGCUUGCUGUAGUGCUAUGAUGAAAAAAUGCGACGAUGCAUCUGAUUCUGCCGAGCAAGCGCGCAGCUGGAGGGACUUUCAGUGCAAUUUAUGAAGCUAAAUUAAGAAGGUGCGCAAAGCAACCAAUGUGCUGCAAGCCCACAAUCUCCGCAGUGCGGAUGAUAUCUGCAGCAUUGUCUGUUACAAUGGCUGGCACUUUGUUUGCAAGCUUCCACUCACGGAUCGCAUUGAGUAACAGGUCGCUGAGAUUCGUCGCUGUGUGGCUGGUUUCCACGGCUCUUGUUUGUAGAACAUGGCAUGCAAGGACCCAUUCGUCGCUAAUGUAGUGAGCAGUAAUGGUCAGAUAUGAAUCUGUUACUCUCGAUGUCCAACAGUCGCAAGUCAAUGCCACACUCUCCGCUGCCUGAAGCAAAGUUUCGAUGCUUUGCUUCAAACAUGCAUACAUGUUUGGAAUUGUCACUUCACUUAAUUGUUUAUGAGUCGGCAAAACAUACCGUGGCUCCAGCGUUUUCAUGAGACUUCGGAAACCAUCGUUUUCAACGACACUGUAAGAUCGAAUGUCUUUGCAUAUGAAAACUGCAAUUGCCUCGGUUAUCUUCCGUGCACGUUGAGAGUUUGCCGGUAACUUGGGGGCCAAUACCUGUUCCAGGCUAGUUUGUUUGAGCCGUGCCGAGUCCAACUGUGUUACUGUUUUUGGGUGAUGUCUUGUCAGAUGGUUUCAGAGAUUUGUCGUAUUCCCACAGUAUUUCACCGCUCCGUUGCAUACUUUGCAUUUUGCUUGUUUUUUGUCAUCCGCGUUGUUCUCUCCGUCUCUUUUAAAACAAAAAUACGCCCAAACAUCAGCCUUAAACCUCGCCGGGGUUGCCGCUGACGCUGUACUCCCUUCCGCCAUGUUUCCCUCUCUUGCUAACAGCGGCUAAUAACAUCUCGCGAGAUCGUGUUCCGUGGAAAGCCGCGCUAAACACUGAUCUCGCGAUACUGCCAGGGUUGAAACAGGCUGUUCACUGCAAGUUAGAAGAUCGAUCUAUGGAUUUAUGAAUCGAUAUCUGACUAUAAAAUGGUGAAUCGAUUCAAAUCGAUUUAAUCGAUUCUUAUAACCCAUCCCUAGCCGCCGGUCUACCAAAAUACUACUAGACCAGCUGCGUUCCGCCUGCGCUGAAAGCUGACCAGGUUUGAAUCGGCAAGCUUUCAGCGCACUUUACACGCCGUUGGCGAGCACGAAAAUGUCACUGCCCCCGCUGAUUCUGUCGACACCUCCCCCUGCCACGCCACCACGCCCAGCUUGGCGGAUCUCGGCUCGCCUCCGUGUGCCUCAGUCCACGAAAAUACCAAACUGGCCGUAAGCCGGGCUGCGCCAGACGAAAAUACAACUGUGCGGGGCUCGCCGCCCUCCGUCACCUCACCGGCGCACACGAAAAUAGAGCCCGUAAUAUCUAACAUUGGUAAAGAGGUCAGGAAACACAUCUGAUAAAAAUAACAAAGAGUUCAUAGGGAGGUCUAUUAUUUUCCAGUCAAAAAUUUCCAAAAUUAUUUGUAUUUCUAGGCAGUCCCAGAAUAUAUGAGUGUGAUGGCCAACUUUACCACAGUUCCUCCAGCAUUAGUUUUGUUGGGAUUGUUUUUGGAGACAAAAGUUGUUCAGUGUCCCGAAGAACCUGAUUUUGACCUUCAGUCAAAUUCUUCGUACAGUCAGCUUCCAAACAAAUCAAACAGAAGCAUAAAAUUGCUUUCUAGGUUAGCUUUGUACAUUUUUCCAAUCUGUAUGUUUUGUGACAUAACGUCUGAUUUGUAAAUAUCUAUUUAGGUCACUUAAAGGCAAGGCAAAUUGUCUCAAAGUUGUGAGAAAGAUUUAAUUACAUGCCCAUGCAGGAGUUGAUUAUUAUCAGACCACUCUCCGCCCAUCUUUUAUAGGCUUUGGAAAAUAUGAAUGGUUAUGUCAGAAAAAUAAGACUGCAUCUAACUUGCUGCCAGCUGAGAAGAACGACAGAGAUUGUGGACUUCUUUUUCUUCGAUAUCUUUUACUUGCAAGGAGUCAGCAGCUUAUAACAAAGGCAGCUUCCUCUGACUGAGGAAUUCAGAUUUUUACACAUCCUUUAUGCAGUCAAGAAACAGACACCCCCACCCACUAACAUCAUCUCACAAGUGGCAUGACAUUACAACCGUAUCCAAAAAGGUUACAGGUUGCAGCUGUGGUCUGUGCUGGGAAGACAAAGACAACUUAGUUCAUCAUCAGGUUCCUGCUUAUCAGUUCAAUGUCACACAGCUGGGAAAACAACCUGUGAGUGAAAUUAUAGCAUUCAUCUAGUUCCAUGGCUUCAGCGGGAAAGUAUCAGUCCCAACUCCAAGGCCAUUGUUCUCCUUUCCCAUGCUCAUUAAAAAGAAAUAUGACUCUGCAAGCAUUCACACCAAGUGGUUUUCAGUAAAUGAUGAUUAACAUACUUAUAUAAUGAUAAAAUACACAUGUGAUAGCAUACACUUACAAUUUUUCUUUCAUUUUCCUCCUGUUUAUCAUUAUUACAGUAUGAACAUUUUUCUCACAUCAGUAACGUACAACUUCUUUUGAUUUUCUGUAGGCAUGUCAUAUUUUGUUAACAUACUGUAAAACGAUUUUUGUUUAUCAUGAUGGGCUCAGCUGGACUGCAAUGUCCAUGUUUUUAGCCUGCUCCACAAGCUUGAAAUACACUUCACCAUGUUCCUACAAGAGCGUGUCUCUAAUGAAUACAUACACGCAAUGAAUACACAGAAUAAUAGUAACACAGUAGCAACUGGUGUCAGGAAUUUCAAAAGGAUAUGAUACCAAGGACCAGACGUCAUCCAGCUUAGCCAGUCCACUUUAUUCACAUGAUCGCCAUCCUCAGUGAAGUCAGGUUUACAAUCACCUGCUGAAUGAUUCCUCCACCUGCAUCAUUUUCUGGAAUGAAAGUACAGCAAGAUGUACCCACCAAGGCACAUACUCCUCCUGACGCAGCAGUGAGUUGAUCCAACACAGUGUGGUCCUGCAGCUCCAUCAUUCUCAAGGCAGUGAGUUCCUCUUUCACGCCCUCCAGCACUCUGAUGGUAAUGUUUGCAAAGGUAUCAAACCUGUAAUCAAGUGUCCCAGUUCUUAACAUUGUCUUACCCAAUCCUGUCCAGGGAAAAAGUGACAGGAUCACCUUCUGACCGUUAGACCACAGCUUAUGAUCGAGGGUUACGUCAUUCCCAUAAUCAAGUCAUGUCGAGGAAAGAGAUCUCUCUUUUUCCUACUCUCAACGGCGUCCUGAACACUAAUGUUCACUAUGAAGGACUGAUUAGAAGGGGUUAUCACAGCACACCUGCCAGUCCAUCCGAGAGGUAGAUCAAGAAAAGCAUUAGCACCACACAUCCACACACACUCUAAUUGUGGAAGUGUACCCAUAAUGUCAGGAACAGUGUGAAAUGGUUGACACUGUAUACCAUGUGGUGCACCUUUUGAAUCAGCUGUACAGGGAACAUAUGUCACUCUACAAUUUGAUCUGUCCACCUUUACGAAUUAGGUGUCUUUGUCCUCCACCAAGUGGAUGCAGUUCUCGUAACAGAUGAACUUAGUACUCAGAGGAACGUGGAGUGGUCCAUAGAUCUUCCUGUUACCUGUAGAGCCAUUUUUCAACAGGUUAUGGAAAGAGAACUUUGAAAACUCAGGUGGAGUAGGUGUAGCCUGACCUGUUUCGCCAUCUACAAUCUGUUUCAGAACCCUUGGCCACAAAGCUGAUUGCUAUGCUUCAGGAAAUAGUCUGCUGUCAUUCAGGUACAGCUAUGGAACCACGUAUGAGUUUGUUUUGGCCAGGGACAUCCUAACCUGGUGUCUCCUCUGUAGGGAGAGAGGAUCAUCUGGCAUUCUAUAGGCAUUCAUGAUCUCUUUUGUCUUCAACAUUUUGAUCAUGUAAUCUACCAAUACUAUGUCUAAUUCCCUCUCAGAUUCUGGUGAUAAUAGUCCAAAUUGGGGUAUUACAAAUUUUCUUCCAAAUAAGAUUUCAAAAGGAGUUGAGCUUUUGUUGGAAUUUGGAGCUAUAUAAAUUCAUAAUUUUAACAAGUCCAAACAAUAAAUCAAGUUUUUUCUUCUCCUCUCUUCCAUAGCUUUCUUUAAUUUAUUUUUAACCAUACCAUUAUGUCUUUCUACAAGGCCUGCAUUCUGUGGAUGAUUAACACAAUGAUGUUUUAAAUCAACAUUUAAUCUAAGUCCCAUGUUUUUUAUUUUUGUUUGUUUUUUUAAUUUUAUUAUUUCAUUCACAAAAUGAGUUCCAUUGUCACUAUAGAUUUGUUUUUAAAUGCCGAAUCAAGGAUUUAUUUCUCUGCACAGGAUUUUCACUACUGUUAAUGCAUCUGGAUGGGUGACGUGAAAUAAUUCUAGUGAAAGAAUCUAUAAUCAUUUCUUUCCCUCACACUGAUUUAACUCUAUGAAUUCCAUGUGUAUGGCUUCAAAUGAAGCGUUGGUUGGUGGAAAUUGUCCUCAUUUUGGUCUUACAUUACCUUGAGCAUUAUGUCUAGCACAAACUGAACAAAUCAAACAAAACUUUUUUUGAAUAGUUUAUGAAUUCAUAGGUAGUAAAGUGUUGAUUAGCUACUACACUCAUCCCUCCUGUCGAGACAUGGCAAGGCCCAUGCCUUGCAAUUGCCCCCUCUAAAGCUGUGUUUGCUGAUCUGACAAAAAUCUUUUGUUUGGCAAACCUCAUCUGUGGUAGUUUAUGUCUAAGAACUGCUCUUUUGCUCCUGAGUCACACAAAAAGGCUACAGGUGAACCACGAAACAUUAACUUUAUCUGCAGUUUUGUGUCUGCAUAGAAAAAUAUUUUCUCCAAGUUUAGCACUUCUUCCUCCUCUGUCUCCUCUCUGUUAAAAUUCCUGCCUCUGAACCUGCUUCUUCCUCGUCCUCCCUGUAAUAGUCUUCAAAUAAUUCAUCAUCUCUCCUAUUGCCUCCCAUUGCCCUAUAGUUGUCCUUCUUAUCUCAUGUAGGAUGACAUUCAUUGUCACAUGUGGAGUUGAUCUCACGUUGAAUAGCAUUAUAGGGAGGGUGUUGAUUCAAGUUAGUUUUGUGUCUGCACAGACUUUAGCCAAUUCUAUUUUAAUAGUGCGAUUAUGGGGCAUCUGGGACUGGAAAACUUCACAGUCCUGCUUUGAGUGGAACCUUUGGAUUUAACUGAUAAUAUAUUUACAAUAUACAGUAUACAAUAUAUUUACCUCACCCCCACCUCAAAGUGUCUUUGAGGUGGGGGUGCCACCAUUGUUAAGAAAUAAGAGCUGUUAACUUUCGAGCUCGCACAGUGACCUCUACUGUGUACCUCUUCGCACAAAAAAUUUAUUAAUCCAAUUGGAGCUACAAUCUUUCCUUCAUGAUUUCUUCAGAACUCUUAAAUUUUGUUGCUCCUUUUUCUUUCUAUACCAGUUUUUUUAGAUGGGACAGCUGCUUCCUUCACAUAGAACCCUUUGUAGUUUUUCACUUACUGCUUUGGGUAAUUUGCCUAUUUACAUUGCAUCAUGUUAUGGCUUUCGCUGCCAUUUCUGCUGCAUUAAUUCCUCUUGCUACUCUGCUGUCUGCUUUUUGGUGUUCUCUGCACUUUACUAUGGUUGCGUAUUUUCUUUUUCUUUUUUGUUCCAAUAAGGUAUAAUAAAGAUUAAUCAGUCGGUUCAAAUGUUUAACAGGGAUGCCAGCUGAGGUCACGAAACCUCUUCCUCUCCAGCGACACAUGUCUACAUGUACCACAUACACUUCAUAGGCUGAAUCGGUUUAGUCACAGAUUUGUCUGAUAAAAGUUUGCAUGCUUCUGCAUAGGGAAGGAUUCUUUGGCUCUGGAGGAGUCAAGGUCGUAAUAUACAUAUAUAUAUAUACUGUAUAUAUAUAUAUAUAUAUAUAUAUAUAUAUAUAAAUUAGCAGUCUGCAUUAAACCUUUCUGCCAUUUUUAACUGCCUUUUCUAUCUUUCAUUUCUUUAUUAUUAUAAUUAUUAUUAUAAUUAUUAUUAAAGUUGUCUUUACUUUUAGCUUUUAUUCUUUCAACUGAUAAGCAUGAAACAGGCUGUAGCCUUCAAUCAAAUUCAUAAAGGGAGUAGGAGGCUGUCCUUCUAUUGGCAACAACUACAACAACCACCCAUUGUUGAUACACCUUUGUAUUAUGUCUUUUUCUUACACGUGUUUUAUUUAUUUAUCUAUUUUUAUUUAUUUAUUUAUUUUUCCUUUGUAUUCCCCUUUUUGCUGUCAAAAUAAGGUCACUCUGCAACCUACUUCAACUGUCAGUGGUUUUAGGUCACCCGCUGCUUCAGUUGCAGAAUUUAAACCUUCAUUCACACACUCACACUCACUUCUCUUCAGGCCUCUCUGUUUUCUUGACUCUUUAUUCAUAAACAGUCAUCACACACCUUUUAUCCCUAUUUAUACUCACACUACGUCUCGUCAGGUCUUCUCGCUGAUCAAUGAAUCGCAUCACCCAUCUAGGAAUCUGGAUGUUCGGGUCUGGUCCGCUGGCCUCUUUUGUCACCCAAUUUUAGAGUGGAGGUCUUUCUCACAGGCCUCAGGCCUCUCUGUGCACAGGUUUUAGCUUCUCCGGUACCCACUUCCAGUCCCAGAUGAGAUAUUGCGAUCGGGCUCAAAGGACCAAGUAUGUCAGAAAAAUAAGACUGCAUCUAACUUGCAGCCAGCUGAGAAGAACGACGAAGAUUGUGGACUUCUUUUUCUUCGAUAUCUUUUACUUGCAAGGAGUCAGCAGCUUAUAACAAAGGCAGCUUCCUCUGACUGAGGAAUUCAGAUUUUUACACAUCCUUUAUGCAGUCAAGAAACAGACAACCCCGCCCACUAACAUCAUCUCACAAGUGGCAUGACAUUACAACAGUAUCCAUAAAGGUUACAGGUUGCAGCUGAGGUCUGUGCUGGGAAGACAAAGACAGCUUAGUUCAUCAUCAGGUUCCUGCUUAUCAGUUCAAUGUCACACAGCUGGGAAAACAACCUGUGAGUGAAAUUGUAGCAUUCAUCUAGUUGCAUGGCUUCAGCGGGAAAGUAUCAGUCCCAACUCCAAGGCCAUUGUUCUCCUUUCCCAUGCUCAUUAAAAAGAAAUAUGACUCUGCAAGCAUUCACACCAAGUGAUUUUCAGUAAAUGAUGAUUGACAUACUUAUAUAAUGAUAAAAUAGACGUGAUAGCAUACAUAUAACAUUUUUCUUUCAGGUUAAAACUCCAUAUGCCCUUCUAAAGGCAUGGCCCAUGACAGAGCUCCCCGUAAAUUCCCCGUUUUUAAACUAAAUUCCAGACCUUAUAUGUGUGUAUAAUCUAUCAAUUAUGGAAUUUAAUUAUUUUAUUCUUAUUUAUUUAUUUAUUUUGAGAUUGCUGGCGAAAAACUAGAACACUACAGAAGAGUACCCCCAGUAUGGAUUUUAGUUAAAUAGAGAUCCAUCCAGUCUCUACGUCUCUGAAUUCCACCACCGCUUGCAGCUGAGCUGGGAGCUGCCAGCAUUAAUGUAUUCACUUAGGUGAUCACAUAAUUAUUAAAGUGAUCACAUGUGAUCACAUAAAUUGUAACAUGAAGGAGAGAUCCUUUAUUUUUUCGUGUUUUGAUACUAACAGACAUGAGUUCACCUGAAGACUGUCUCACCUGCAGGACAGAAUAAGCACUUGUAGUCAGGUUAACAGUCAGCAUUUGUACUGAGCCUUAGGAUCAGUUUUUGUGAAACAUUAUAGAGUUUAUGUUUGUAAAGUGCUUUGUGAUUGGCUUGUCUUUCCUAUGAUUGGUCUGUCCAGGAUUGGUGAAGAUGUUGCCAUGGCAACAGAGGGGGCAUUCUCUGGGAAACAUUUCAGGAUGGGUUUCAUGACAAUGCCAGCACCACAGGAUCGACUUCCUCCUCCCAGUCAGGGCUUUGCCGUCCGAUCCCAGUCCCUUCACUCGGUGGGAGGAGGAGACGAAGACCCUAACCAAAACCCAAAACUACCCCCACCCAAGCCCAAGCGGGACCCCAGCACCAAGCUAAGCAACAGCUCUGAGACCAUGAAUGGGUACGGACUGACAGGCAGAAGGGACAUGCAAGAGACCAAAGAGAUCCCAGGGCAGGCUGAAGGUAAGAGCACAGACCAGCACCUGCUGGAACACCUCAUGUUUGCAUCAUUAAAUUCAGAUCCACCCAAAACCAAUAACCACAACCCUGCCCUGACCUCGCCUGAUCUGCCCUGUAAACAAACACCUUGGUUAUUAUCAUUAAUCAAUUUAAAAAAAAAAGAAAAACUCAAAGGAAAAGGCCACCAUAUCUGAAACUCUACUGUAUAUAAAGGAUAAACUGUUCUUUCUUCAUUCCUGACUCACUGACUGGCUCACAAUCCUUGCAGUCAGCCUCAGGAGGUUAACUUUGAUAGAGUCUCUGAGCAGCAGAGGUAUAAACUCUUGUAAUUCGGACCAGAGCCAUUGCUGCAAGCAGCGGGAGAGAAGUUUUAUUAAAAUUUUUAAACUUUUCACCCUCUUCACGGGCCUGAAAACUCCUGAAAUUUGGCAAGCGAGUCGGGCCUGGCUAAAAUUUGUGUAGUUUGCCGUGCCCCUACAUAUGAAAAGAAAAAAAAAGACUCGCGAGCGCACCCUACAGUUUUCAUGCUCUGGGAGUUUCCUGUUUAACUUCCCCUACACUGGUUCCACCUCCACAGGAUUUUAGUCAUUUGACAACAGUCAAGCACCAGACAAUUUGACACCAAAAUUACGUCGGUAAGUCUUAGCGCCACCUGGUGGCCUUUAAAAAGGGUCAUUCCCCUCUGCCGUAUGUUGUAGCACAACAUAUGGCAAAGGGGAAUAGGUUUUCCAGUUAAUGGCCUGUAACUCCUUUUUUAUUGAGGGAAUGCAGCUGAGAUUUGUUCAGGACACACCUGAAGGGGUUCCAGAAAAUCUAGAAAAUGAGUACCUUGUUUUGUUAAACUGCACCUAGGUGGCGCUAUGAAAUGUCUAAAAAAAAAAAGCAAUCUGUGGUAUAGCUAUUUAUAUGCACAGCCAAAUGAAAAUUGGUACACUGAUCGGGAGCAGCGUCCUCUUGAGGACUCCAAUGUCAAAAUGGUAAUCAAACAACAAAUGGCUCCAGAGCACCCCCUACAAAAUAUCUAAUUGUAAGCCUCGCUCUUGUGUGUGACCCAAUCCUUUGAAAUCAAAAACAUUUAUGUUGGACUUCAAUACGAACAUAAAGAUCUCAAAUGUCAAAUGGGGAUCCAAUAAAAAAUGGCACCAUAGCGCCCCCCUACAAAAUUUAAAAGUGUAAGCCCUGCUCCAGUGUGUGAACUAAACCUAUGGAAUCAGGGACAGGUAUGUAGGACCCCUAGACAACUAUAAGGGCUCACCUGUCAAAAUGGAGAUCUAACUUAAAAUGGCUCCAUAGCGCCCCUACAAAAUUUCAAAAUGUAAGUCCUGCUUCUGUAUGUGACCCAAACCUAUGGAAUCAAAGACACUUGUGUUGGACCCCAAGAUGAACAAAAAGGGCUCCAAAGUCAAAAUGGAAAUCCAACUAAAAAUGGCUCCAGAACACCCACUACACAUUUUCACAAUGUAAGCAAUACUUCUGUGCGUGACCCAAACCUAUAGAAUCAAUGACACUUAUGUUGAACCCCAAGACAAACAAAAGAGGGAGGUGGUCCACAGAGGUAGUGGCGCGACAUGGCUCAAGCCUGAUAGCGCCCCACAGGGUGCUAUGUUUUUUGGACAUUUCAGAGCUCCACCUAGACAGAGUUAAACAAAACAAGGUGCUGAUUUUCUAGCCUAUCUGGUACCCCAUCAGGUGUGUCCUGAACAAACCCUUAGCUGCAUCCCAUCAAUAAAGAAGGAGUUACAGGCCAUUAAUCAAAAAACGCAUUCCCCUCUGCCACCAGGUGGCGCUACAACAUACAAACGAAAGUUUGGUGUCAAAUUGUCCGGUGCUAGACUGAAAUGAAUAAAAUCUUUGGGAGGUGGGAACAGUCUAUGGGUAAUUAUAGAAGAAACUCUGCAAACACGAAAGCUGUUGGAUGCACUAGCAAGUUAUUUUUUCACAUAUAUAGGGCAUGGCAAAAUACAUGAAUUUGAGCUGGAUCCAACCCACCUGCCAAAUUUCAGGAGCUUUGAUGACAGCACUCAAUCAGGUAACAAAGAACAGGUGUUAUAAGAGCUUAGAGCAGCAGUGCCUGACACCUGGUGCCAAAACUGUGAACUUAGAGUGUUUCUUGUCAUCAUCAAGUGAUAGAAACUCUUUAGGUUUAACUCUGUGUUUGCUUUCUGCAGCGCGAUGCCAUCUCUUUGAUGACGACUUGAAAAAGAUGCCUCCACCUAAACCCAAACGGAAUCCCAACACCCAGCUUAGCACCUCUUUAGAUGAGUCUUACAUUUGUAACCAUAGACACAGGAAGUCAUCUCUGCGUUGGGACCACUCUGUGUCCCAGAGUCAGGGUCCAGCAUUCAAGGACAUGGAUGAUGAGGAGCCAGUUUACAUUGAGAUGGUGGGGAACAUACUGCGCGAGAUGGGGGGUCAGGAGGUAUUCAGCGAUGAGCAGAAUGAAUCAGUGUAUGAGGAGAUGAAAUACCCCAUGGAGGACUUUGUGCAGGACCCUCACUCUGUUCUGAUUGACCCUGAAGCCUGGUCAUCUCGAGGUGCUUCUUUAGACAUCCCCCCACCUUUCCCCAACCUCUUGACCCCUCGCCCACCACUGCUUGUCUUCCCCCCUGCACCUGCUCAGUGCUCCCCUAACUCAGAUGAGUCUCCCCUGACCCCCCUGGAUGUUUCACGGCUCCCCGUGAUGGACAAUGUCUCAUACAGCAAGUCAGGUGGUGUCGAGCAACCACAGAGCUCUGGCCACAACCGCAAGGACCGAGACUGGGACAAAGACCGGGAUCUGUCUUCCACCCACACAAUCACUUCCUCUGGCCGUUCAUCUGCCCCACCCCUUCCCUCAAAUUUCCACAAGUCAUCACACAGUGGCCAUGGUUACCCCCGCAGCCAAUCAGCUUGCCCGUCUCCAGUAAGUAUGGGCCGCUCUCUGACCCCUCUGAACCUGAAGAAACCACCACCAUAUGACAUCCUAAUGGCUGGAGGAAGUGUGCCCCAUUCCUCUUCUUCCUCCUCCUCUUCCUCUCACCGGGCAGGUGAAGCAGGAUCCAAACUCAGUAACUCCUCCUCUACCCAUGGUUCCCUGCAAAACAUGCCAAUGAGGUCACAGACGCCGACAAGCCCCAUGGACGACCUCAAUAACCCCUUCACCUCUGGGAGACAGGUGGUAAAGAAAGGCAGCAGGAAGAGCCGAGAGAGCACAGGUGAGAAAUGUAUAUCUAUGUUCAACAGGUAAAAUAUCUGUAAAAUAUCAGUUUAAUAUAUCAAUUCAUUACCUGUAUAAUAUCAACUCAAUAUCAGAGUUAUAUCAGUUUAUCAUUGUCUUGCUGAAAUAUGAGGGUCUUCCCUGAAAAAGUCAUUGUUUGGAUGGCAGCAGGUGUUGCUUCUAAACCUGUAGAUAUUGUUUAAUGCUGAACUGUUAAGUUGUUCUUCUAACAGCUUUUUACCUGUUUGGUUAUUGUCAUAACAACCUUUUACCUUUUUUGGUGUUUGUCUUGUUUUGCUGUUUCAGCCAAUAGGAAAUCAUCAGAGUUGUAUUUUCUUUAAUAUAUUGCUGACAAAUCAGAACUUUAUAAUUGAAUUGAGGCUGAAUCCUCCAGAGGCAUGUAGAAAACAGCAGCUCUGUAAAGAGGAUUACCAUCAGUUAUUGUGUCACCAUGGAAACAAUGUUGUCAUGGUGACCUCUUUCAGUCAGCGGAUUUACUGCCUUUCUUCUUCCUCCUCUUCCUUGCUUUAGUUUUUAAAUGUGUUUGAGGGUUCAGGAAGACAGGGCAGUACAUCUUUUUGAGUUCUUAAAUAAAUGUAAGAAAAAAAUAAAUUCUUGCUGGAGAUAAAAAGUAAAACAUAGACUUUAAAUGGCUCUCUGACAUUUUUGUUAUACAACAUAUGAUUUUUGAAUCCCUGAAUCGUCUGAGAUCAGCCAUAUGAUCACCUAUCCAUGGGUUCUGACCCCUGAAUGUUCCCACAACCAGUUCCUGCAAGGAGUUGGUACUGUCACUGCCCCCCCCAUUUUACCAGCCAGGCAGGCAGUAAACAUUUCUGGCCCUAGGCCAGUUGCUCACAAAUGACCAAGCAUCUUAGAGGACUUUCCCCCUCAGGUUUGAUUUCCUCCAUGUCCCACAGAACCAGCAUUACUUUGGUGAUGGCAGUAGUGCCAUCAAAGUAGGGGGAAGUGUCUGCAAAAUCAGCUUAGCGUACACUAACAGACAAGAACUUAGAAAAAUAAUGAUCUGUUUAUUACAGGAUAAAUGAUGGUACAACAUACAUGCAAUAAAUGAUAAGAUAAUGAGGAUAAAUAAUAAUAGGUGAAUAAAUAAAGAUUCUGAGUCAGGCUAGGAGCACUGAAGUUAAUGAUAGUGAGUGAAUAUGCGCUAACAUAUUAACCUACACUAACUUUGGUGUUGAGAUAAAUUUGGACGUGGAUUUGGAGGAAUCUAAGAUUACCAGAAUAAGUGGAUAUCUGAGUUAUGAACGCAUGAGAAAGCAUCAGCCCUCUUUGGAGCUCUGGAGGUUUGCAUACUUAAGUGAGACUGGUCCUUGGAGAAGAUGGAGCAGGUUCCGAAGGUCCGGGGCUACCUGCGGUUCGAGCGGUUCAGCUCAGAAGACGACUGAAGUCAGCCGAAGGAUGGGCCAGGAGUUGUAGCACUCGGGCCCGAAGCAAAGCCGGCGCCUGUGGAUCCUGUGGAUGCUCGUUUGGACGCUUCUUUGGUCUCACUCAAAAACUCUGGCACAGAGGAUGACCUGGGCCUGCUGGGUUGCGUUCAGAGGUGACUUUGAAAUCACGCAGAUAACUCAGGGAAAAAAAAGAGGUUCGAUGACCAGUGGAAACUUUCAAAAAUGGCUUCACGAAAUUAAAGAAAAAUCAAUCAAAGGCUUAAUCUUGAAUUGCUAUGCGCACAAAAAGUUGAAGUUUCAAAACUUGAACUAAGACGAUGUUAAAGAAAAAUCAACGUGAAUCAACACGUGGUGUAAAAUUUAGAAGACUAAGAAAAAGUAAGACUAAGUAGUAAGAGCUAAGAGAAAAUGAAAAGUUGAACUGAAGAGUAGAAGAGCAAUAAGAGAAGAGAGUGUGUAAGAGACUAAGCGAACAAGAGUAUACGGGCAAGAAGAGCAUAAGAGGCAGAAGAGAGUGAGCAACCCCACUUCACUGGUUUUAUCUUCUCACACUGGGAGUGUCUCUGGCGUGUGUGUGUGAGGAGAAAGACGAGGGGUCGUGGGGUCUCCAAGCAGAGGAGACCUCGGAUCUCUGAUUAUUUGAUCUAACUUAUACUUUUGGCUGGUAAAAGAGUCAGAUCUGAUACUCACCCACGAUGAUUAAUAUCAUUGAAUGCUUGGUUUCAUGAAAAAGAUUUGAUACUAAACACAUAUGAAUGAAAUGUAGGAUCACAUCAAACAUUCUCAUUAUGUUUUAAGUAUCACACUGAACAUGCUAAAUUACUCUGAAAUGAAACAGAGAGUAACACAUAGAAACUGUGAACAACAAAAGAGUAAAUACAUGUGAAUGAACUUCAUUAUGAUUAAUAAUGGAUUCUAAAUACUCACAUUCAGAUUAUUCAAUGACAUUAUAACCACCUAAUGGUUAAAAUACUAAAUAAACGAUUAAAAUAUAGACCAAACUUUUCUAAACCAUUUCUGUUACUUAGAGUAAAGUUAUGAUUCAUAGUCAAUAAAUUUAACUCUUAAAAGUUCAUGAAACAGUCUGAAAAGCUGUUGGUCUAAAGAAACUAAAGAAUAAAGGGUUUAUUCUUUCAGAGUGAUAACUCGGCUUCUGGAGCACAUAGAAAAACGGGAAACAUCUCAUUUUAACACAAAUUUCAUGAUUAGACAGAUUAGUACAUUGCUGAAUGCAUAAGAUGUCAUGAUCAGUCAUUUGUAUUCUUUCUCCAAAGGAAUGCAGUUUUUAUCAGUACAUGGUUGAGCAGGGUUUUACGACCGAGGUCUGGAGGUCAGUGUCCUGCUCCUCAGAGCUUAUCUUGGGGUCUGUAUGUUCAAGACGGUAAAUCUCAAAUGGGAGAUCUGGGUUGAGGCGUUAAUGUUUAUUUAAAUGGUCAGUGAUGGCGUCAGUUUGAAAGGUAAUAAAAACUCCGUCUCUGUUCUCCAAAUUGACCAAUCGUGAAGAGUCAGAGGUUUGGUCAACCUCCAGUCGUGUCAGUUAGGUAACCUGAAAGUGCAAACAAGUCUGGAAAGAUUUACAUCCUGUGUCCUGGGACCAGAUAAGAAAACUUUUCCUUCAAGGAAUGUGUGAGUUUCACAUACAGGGUUGUCUUUGAUCCAUAUCUGAUCUGAUGAUUAACCCUAACCCUUACCCUAAUGGUCACUCAACCAGACCAACUUAACUGUAGCAAUUUGAAUUUAUAAUAAAUGUCCUAAAUUAAUAGAAUUAAAUUAUGACAUUUAUGCACUCGUUGAAGGGGCACCACCCACCUUUUUCUGAUGGGGAAAAGACAAAACAAAGUUGAUUGCAAAAGGGACAAUACCUCACUGCGGCUGCGCGAACAGUAGCAAGGAAAAAAAUACAGUUCAUGCUGCCUCUCUAACAGCGGAUUAUUUCAACUACACACCUCUUGGGAGUAACAAGAGUUACACAGACAGAUCUCACAACAGCAGACAAAACUGCAGACAUACACUCAGAAAUGCGGCAAUUUGUGAAGAAUAAUUGUGUCUAAAAUCACUCUAACAAAACCUCUCACUGGAAACAGUGAUCUCCCGCGACAGGUAGCUAAUCUGCUGGGAUGAGGAAACAAAAUGAAUCCCUUACAGUCACUAGAAUUUCGUAGCAGACUAUAGAGAGUUCAGAUACUCCGGACCACGGAUUGGAGCUUCGCGAACACCGGGUCCAGCCCAAGGCCUUUAGUCAAGCGUACAGCGAUGCUGAAAUCAUGCACUCAACAGUUAGCACUCUGGAUUCCCGUAUCGGCAGCACACAGCGGAAGCUGUAGCCUCACUGCAAUCAAAACAAUAAUCCACGUGGUCCAGGCUCACACACAAACGUAUGCAGCAAAAUCACUGUUUUAGCAAGAGCUCAUAUCAUCAGAACAUGAAUCAGAGACACUUCAAAAGGCCAGUUCAGUUAUUUCAAAAAUGCAUCGGAAACACAUCAAGCAUACUAUCCAGUAAUUUCAGCAAGCAUAGCAUAGAUUUUAAGGGAGUCUAAGUUGAGAAAGAUGGGUUUUCUCACUAGUUUAGGGAGAUAAUCUUAAGGUUGUCUGUCAGUGUUUCCAGAAGUCGGUUUGAAAUGCCUCAAGCGGCCACACAAAAUAGUAUGUAGCAAUUUGAAUUUAUAAUAAAUGUCCUAAAAUAAGAAAAUUUAAUUUGACAUUUAUGCACUCAUUGAAGGGGCACCACCCACCUUUUUCUGAUGGGAAAAAGACAAAACAAAGUUCAAUUGAGAAAUCAAACGUUGAAUCAGUCCUAAACAGAUUUAAAUCAAUCUCACAUAUGAGGCCGGAAUACUCAUUUCAGGGACUUCGCUUCUGGAAGGACCACUAAGAGAUGACAACUUAAAAUUAAAUGGACAAUUUAUUGACAAAUGCUAGGUGAAAACAUAAAUUCAAUAAAUGACGAUCAAACAAUGAGAAAAUAAAAGAACACCUAAUGAAUAAAUGAAGGAAUGGUUUGAACUGAACCUAAGACUGGAGGUUAAUGAUAGUGAGUGAAUAAGGAAAAAUUUAACCCACGUUAAUUGGGUUACGAGGAUAAAUUUUGAAGAGGAAUUUGGAGAAACUAAACUGUAAUUAAGGAUAUAAGCUACUGAAUGCUUGACAGCAUCACUCAGUUGAUACAGCAGUGUCGAGGGGUUUGCCUACCUAUUUGAUGUCAGUUCUCAGCGGGAAAUCUUGGAGUGGAUACGCUGAAGUUCCUGGCUACCGGACCAGAUGCUUGGAGGUUCGGCAGGUUCCCACCCGCAGCACACUGUGUCAGCGCUGUUGGAUACUUUUAGCUCUCUCUCCUCUCGGAACCAGGUGACAAACGCAGCUAGGAAGAUGAUGCUGGUCGGUCUUCCGGGCAUUCAGGGUUAGCUUUACUGUGGAUUAAUUUGUGCCAAUAACAUAAGAAAAUACUUUCGCUGGCCAGUCGAUAUUGUCUUCAGGAGUCACUGUAGCGAACUAAACAAAAUAAAAGACUGAGACUUAGGUACUCUAUGCGCGCAGGUAAUUACUGAUGCUUUAAAGAAACUUAGGCAUGGCUUCAUCCAAGUUUCUGGAAAAGUCUGAAACUUAAGGCAAAUAACAGAAAUGCAGGGAAAAAUUACAAGACGAUGGGCGGAGACAAAAACGCCAACAAAGGGAAAAACACAACAGAGUGAGCGGUGUAAGCUCAGCUCUUUUAAGCAGUUCACGUGGGGCGUGAAACAAAAGAGGGGGCACUCAUGCACUCUUUGUUCACAAUGCAGGCCCGUUGGCUGGCAAGCGAAUAAAAAUUAACUUGCGAUAUUAAAAAACGAGUUAGAUCUAAUUUACUCACUCACUAUGAUUAAAGCCAUUUAUCAAAUCACAUACGAUCAAGUUUCACUUCAUUGUUUCUUAUGAGCAGAUGCAUCAAACCAUAACAUUGAAUGUAAAGUAAACUUUAAUCAGCUGUUUUCCUGAUAAUCUAUAACCUGAGGAUUAACAACUCUUUGAAAGUUAGAGAGGGAUAGAAAACCAAAUUAUCUUUUCGUACAGAAACACCAUCAAGCAUAAGAAACACAUACGUGAUAAUACUUAAUUAAAAUAUAAACUUGUCAAUCGAUACUUAGUAAAUGAUUAAAAUAUAUAUUGUGGUGAGGUAGAUAAAACAUAGCAUUUAAACAUUCAAAACACUCUUAACUCAAGUAUAAAAGAGUUUACAGUUACUACUUCUACAAUUGCUAACCUAUCUUGAGAAUACCAUUGACUAAGCUACAAAGUACAGUACAGGCCAAAAGUUUGGACACACCUUUUCAUUCAAUGUCCUUUUUUUUUUUUUUUUUUUUUUUUAUAUGACUAUUUACAUUGUAGAUUAUCACUGAAGGCAUCAAAACUAUGAAUGAACACAUGUUGAAUUUUGUACUUAUAAAAAAAGUGUGAAAUAACUGAAAACAUGCUUUAUAUUCUAGUUUCUUUAAAAUAGCCACCCUUUGCUCUUGAUGACAGAAAUACUUGGUGACUGACUCUGUCACAAGGUAACCCUGACAAGGCACACCUGUGAAGUAAAAACCAUUUCAGGUGACUACCUCAUGAAGCUCAUUGAGAGAACAGCAAAAGUUUGCAGCGCUAUCAAAAAAGCAAACGGUGGAUACUUUGAGGAAUCUGAAAUAUAAGACAUGUUUUCAGUUAUUUUACACUUUUUUCUUAAGCACAUGAUUCCACAUGUGUUCUUUCAUAGUUUUGAUGCUUUCACUGAGAAUCUUCAAUUUAAAUACUAAUGACAAUAAAGAAAAUGCAUUGAAUGAGAAGGUGUGUCCAAACUUUUGGCCUGUACUGUAUAUAACAUGCAAUAUAAUUGAAUUCAAGGAAUAAGUAUUUGGCUUCUGACCAAAACCAUAUUCAGCAAACACCACUAGGAGGAGCUCUUGGUCCAUGGAAUACCUGGAAUAAAUUUGUGAAGUUAACAGUUUGGCUUGUGGACAUGCUGGACGAAUGGGACAAAGACUGUUUCAUUGCUGAUGUGGUGUAAAGAUAGAAAAUCCUGAUUAAGUGUCCAUUAAACCUGAAAUUAAACCAUUUGCAGUUAUUCUCUUCAUUCUGCACCUAAAGAGAGUCACAGGAAAAACAAGUCACUCAGAGAAUUUAUGGCAGGGGUCUGUUUCAGGGAUGGGUGCCCCAAAUGCAGCCUCAGUUAGAGUUCUCAUGAUCUUUGGGCCAACCUUAAGGCUGAGGUGUCAACUAUGAGCUAUCCUUGCCAAAGUGAGAGGGUGAAUGUUUAUUCGGUCUGGGGGUCCUGUUGUUGAUCAGCAACUUUGUCUCUUUGAAGUGUAAAAGAUUCACUAUCAGCCUUUUGGGAGAGCGCCUCUCGGCUCUGUCCAGGGGUCCGUAAAAAGGCCAUAACUUUGGUGUGGAAAGUUACUCCCAACUCUUCUACUGAUCAGGGGAGCCUGCAUUCCUUUGAGGGUAAACUAACGGUGAAAAAGGAGAAACCACUCGUCUCCUGUUACAUAACACAGCUGAAACCGUGAUGCUGAUAAUUAAUUAUCCACAUUAAAUAUCCAAUAAAUAGUCACCCAUGAUGGUGUUAACAAGAAAUUGUAUUCCUCCUUCACCUGGACCCCGACACAUCUCUGCAGUCAUUGCCCAAGCAGGGCCUAGGCCUACAUGUCACUGUUAUAAAGUUCAACUACAUGCACAAAGUUCAUUUGACAUGCAAACAUUAGUGAUGUGUUUUUUACGCACAGGUGGUUCUGAUUUCAAUCAUGCCCUGCAUUGCAUUUAUUUAAGUUGUGAUCUGUUCACACAACCCACCCUUGUCACGUAGGGUUUAUCUAUACUGUAUAUGCACCUUGAUGUGAGCGUAAUUAUUUGUGGAAAAGGAUGUUUGUCAUACUGUCGGCCCAACCUUGGACACACCAAAUCCCUCUGUGCUUAUUUGAGAGAGUGGGAAAGAUGUGACAUCCUCUGCAACACUUGUUGAUUGGUUGCCUUGGGUAACCACGGUCUGGCGUUGCUGUCCCUAGUCAUAUUGAAAUGGGCUCCUCCCCCUAAAUGGCGAUGGCAGCGUAAAAACGUAUACAUUUUCAUCAGAAGAAAAUACAAAAUGAUGCAUUAAUUGAACUGAAGGGGAUAACUACAGGAUCAAAGGCUAGGCGUAAAGAGGAAAAUAAAUAAGAACUUGGUGAGACACUGUCUUCCACUCCUCGGUGACAGACAAUGAAAAAGAUAAGUAAAAUCAAGCAACUUAUUGUAAAUAAUAAUAUCUAGUGCCUAGCAAGGCACCAACAGGGCUGAGCUGUGUCAUACCGCCACCUCUGUGGACCACCCCCUUUUUUUGUUCAUCUUGUGGUCAAGCAUAAGUGUCAUUGAUGACAUAAGUUUGUGUUCCACACAGGAGCUAGGGUCACAUUUUGAAAAUUCGUAAGGAGUACUUUCGAGCUAUUUUUAGUUGGAUCUCCAUUUUGACAUUGGAGCCAUUUUUGGUUGGAUCUCCAUUUUGACAUUGGACCCCUUUUUAGGGCCCGAGCGUAGCUGCUAAGCAGCUGCGAGAGCCGUAUUGUUCCUGAUGGAUUCUUCUUUCUUCUUUAGGGCCCGAGCGUAGCUGCUAAGCAGCUGCGAGAGCCCUAUUGUUCCUGAUGGAUUCUUCUUUUUUCUUCUUUAGGGCCCGAGCCAGCUGCAGAGCAGCCGGGCGUAGAGCCCUAUUGUUCCCCAAGUGGUUUUUCUUUGUUUCUUUCUUUCUUUAGGGCCCGAGCGUAGCUGCUAAGCAGCUGCGAGAGCCCUCUUGUUCCUGCAUGUUUCCUUCUUUCGUUAUUAUUUUUCCUCCGCUUUAAACUGGAAAAUGGCCCACUUCCCACUGGCGAAAACUCAGGAAAUUUGGCAGGACGACCGGGCCUGGUGAAAAAUUCGAUAUUCUGAAGUCGCUCAAACAAUAAAAUGCAAAAUGGCUCCAUAGCGCCCCCUAAGGUGAAAAUUCACACCAUUGACUGUCACGCCUGUACGCUUUGUCAUAUUGACACAAAAUUUGACACACACGUAUCUCAAUAAGAUCUACAAAAAAGUCAGUGCGGGCAUAUCUGUCAAAUGUACGGUUAAAGGGUUAUUUCGCAUUUUUUGCCGAUCCGCACACAUUGGAAUUUCGCUAACUCCUCCGAAGGCUUUCGUUCCACCGGCACCACAUUUGCUCAGGCCAAUCUACACCCCAUGGCCAUUAAAAGUUGUACAAAUCAUGACGCUGCACCCCACAGUUUAGGUUCUAGGGGGCGCCAAAGAUAACCCAAAAAUCCACAGUCUUAAAAGUCUUAUAACUUUUUAUUUUUGUCCUCACUGGCCUCCAAGUUUUCUAGGAUGAUGCAAUGUCCAGCCAUCAACACAUUUGUGAAAAAGAGCGCCCCCCCAUGGCCGGAGAAAAAGUCAAGUUGUUCCUGCCCAUCGCUCAAUGGCUUAAACGCAUCGCUCUCUCGGCAAAACCGAAAGGAGGAGCAACUUGCCAUUUGGAUAUAUCUUAGCUGUGUUUGUGCCCUCACUCAUGUUCCAGACUUUUUUCAAAUAGGACAUGGAGUUUGUCUGCAGUGAGCGUUUUGGUAGAAACUGCGCCUCCCAUUCAUUAUAAUGGUAAAUGACCACAGACAAGUGCGCACACCAUCUUUGGACCUUGAGUGUGACGCGAUCGGGAGGGGGAGGAGGUUGCGCUGGGGGCAGCGCGACACGGCUCGGGCCCGCCAGUGCCCCAUCGGGGCCCUAGUUCUUUCUUUCUUUCUGUAGGGCCCGAGCGUAGCUGCUAAGCAGCUGCGAGAGCCCUGUUGUUAGGGCCCGAGCGUAGCUGCUAAGCAGCUGCGAGAGCCCUGUUGUUCCUGAUAGAUUCUUCUUAGGGCCCGAGCGUAGCUGCUAAGCAGCUGCGAGAGCCCUAUUAUUCCUGAUGGAUUCUUCUUUCUUCUUCUUCUUAUUAUUUUUCUGCCCCUUUGAACUGGAAAAUGGCCCACUUCCCACUGGUGAAAAGUCAUGAAAUUUGGCAGGACGACCGGGCCUGGUGAAAAAUUCGAUAUUCUGAAGUCGCCCAAAAAAUCAAAUGCAAAAUGGCUCCAUAGCGCCCCCUAAGGUGAAAAAUUCACAUGAUUGAGUGUCACGCCUGUACGCUUUGUCAAAAUGACACAAAAUUUGACACACACGUGUAUCUCAAUAAGAUCUACAAAAAAGUCAGUGCGGGCGUAUCUGUCAAAUGUACCGUUAAAGGGCUAUUUCGCAUUUUUUGCCGAUCCGCACACAUUGGAAUUUCGCUAACUCCUCCGAAGGCUUUCGUUCCACCGGCACCAAAUUUGCUCAGGCCAAUCUACACCCCAUGGCCAUUAAAAGUUGUACAAAUCAUGACGCUGCAUCCCACGGUUUACGUUCUAGGGGGCGCCAAAGAUAACCCAGAAAUCCACAUUCUUAAAAGUCGUAUAACUUUUUAUUUUUGUCCUCACUGGCCUCCAAGUUUUCUAGGAUGAUGCAAUGUCCAGCCAUCAACACAUUUGUGAAGGAAUUUUUACUCCCCAAAAGAGCGCCCCCCCAUGGCAGGAGAAAAAAGUCCAUUUUUUCUUGUCUCCUAAGGCGAAAAUUCACACUAUUGACUGUCACGCCUUUACGCUUUGUCAUAUUGACACAAAAAUUGACACACACAUGUAUCUCAAUAAGAUCUACAAAAAAGUCAGUGCGGGCGUAUCUGUCAAAUGUACGGUGAAAGGGCUAUUUCGCAUUUUUUGCCGAUCCGCACACAUUGGAAUUUCCCUAACUCCUCCGAAGGCUUUCGUUCCAAAGGCACCACAUUUGCUGAGGCCAAUCUACACCCCAUGGCCAUUAAAAGUUGUACAAAUCAUGACGCUGCACCCCACGGUUUACGUUCUAGGGGGCGCCAAAGAUAACCCAAAAAUCCACAGUCUUAAAAGUCUUAUAACUUUUUAUUUUUGUCCUCACUGGCCUCCAAGUUCUCUAGGAUGAUGCAAUGUCCAGCCAUCAACACAUUUGUGAAGGAAUUUUUACUCGCCAAAAGAGCGCCCCCCAUGGCAGGAGAAAAAAGUCCAUUUUUUCUUGUCUCCUAAGGCGAAAAUACACAUUGUUGACUGUCACGCCUUUACGCUUUGUCAAAAUGACACAAAAUUUGACACACACAUGUAUCUCAAUAAGAUCUACAAAAAAGUCAGUGCGGGCGUAUCUGUCAAAUGUACGGUUAAAGGGUUAUUUCGCAUUUUUUGCCGAUCCGCACACAUUGAAAUUUCGCUAACUCCUCCGAAGGCUUUCGUUCCACCGGCACCACAUUUGCUCAGGCCAAUCUACACCCCAUGGCCAUUAAAAGUUGUACAAAUCAUGACGCUGCAUCCCACGGUUUACGUUCUAGGGGGCGCCAAAGAUAACCCAGAAAUCCACAUUCUUAAAAGUCGUAUAACUUUUUAUUUUUGUCCUCACUGGCCUCCAAGUUUUCUAGGAUGAUGCAAUGUCCAGCCAUCAACACAUUUGUGAAGGAAUUUUUACUCCCCAAAAGAGCGCCCCCCCAUGGCAGGAGAAAAAAGUCCAUUUUUUCUUGUCUCCUAAGGCGAAAAUUCACACUAUUGACUGUCACGCCUUUGCGCUUUGUCAUAUUGACACAAAAAUUGACACACACAUGUAUCUCAAUAAGAUCUACAAAAAAGUCAGUGCGGGCGUAUCUGUCAAAUGUACGGUGAAAGGGCUAUUUCGCAUUUUUUGCCGAUCCGCACACAUUGGAAUUUCCCUAACUCCUCCGAAGGCUUUCGUUCCAAAGGCACCACAUUUGCUGAGGCCAAUCUACACCCCAUGGCCAUUAAAAGUUGUACAAAUCAUGACGCUGCACCCCACGGUUUACGUUCUAGGGGGCGCCAAAGAUAACCCAAAAAUCCACAGUCUUAAAAGUCUUAUAACUUUUUAUUUUUGUCCUCACUGGCCUCCAAGUUCUCUAGGAUGAUGCAAUGUCCAGCCAUCAACACAUUUGUGAAGGAAUUUUUACUCGCCAAAAGAGCGCCCCCCCCAUGGCAGGAGAAAAAAGUCAAUUUUUUCUUGUCUCCUAAGGCGAAAAUACACAUUGUUGACUGUCACGCCUUUACGCUUUGUCAAAAUGACACAAAAUUUGACACACACAUGUAUCUCAAUAAGAUCUACAAAAAAGUCAGUGCGGGCGUAUCUGUCAAAUGUACGGUUAAAGGGUUUUUUCGCAUUUUUUGCCGAUCCGCACACAUUGGAAUUUCGCUAACUCCUCCUAAAUCUUUUGUCCCAUCGGCUUCAAAUUUGCUCAGGUCAAUCUACACCCCAUGGCCAUUCAAAGUUGUACAAAUCAUGACGCUGCACCCCACAGUUUACGUUCUAGGGGGCGCCAAAGAGGACCCAAAUAUCCACAUUUUUAAAAGUCUUAUAACUUUUUAUUUUUGUCCUCACUGGCCUCCAAGUUUUCUAGGAUGAUGCAAUGUCCAGCCAUCAACACAUUUGUGAAGGAAUUUUUCUCCCCAAAAGAGCGCCCCCCCAUGGCAGGAGAAAAAGUCAAGUUUUUCCUGCCCAUCGCUCAAUGGCUCAAACGCAUCGCUCUCUCUGCAAAACCGAAAGGAGGAGCAACUUGCCAUUUGGAUAUAUACUAGCUGUGUUUGUGCCCUCACUCAUGGUCCAGACUUUUUUCAAAUAGGACAUGUAGUUUGUCUGCAGCGAGCGUUUUGGUAGAAACUGCGCCUCCCAUUCAUUAUAAUGGGAAAUGACCACAGACAAGUGCGCACACCAUCUUUGGACCUUGAGUGUGACGCGAUCGGGAGGGGGAGGCGGUCGCGCUGGGGGCGGCGCGCGGCGGCUCGGGCCCGACAGUGCCCCACCGGGGCCCUAGUUUCUUAUUAGGGCCCGAGCCAGCUGCAGAGCAGCCGGGCGUAGAGCCCUAUUAUUCCUGUAUAGGUUUUUCUUUCUUCUUUCUUUCUUUCUUUCUUUCUUUCUUUAGGGCCCGAGCGUAGCUGCUAAGCAGCUGCGAGAGCCCUAUUAUUCCUGAUGGAUUCUUCUUUCUUCUUCUUCUUCUUAUUUUUCUGCCCCUUUGAACUGGAAAAUGGCCCACUUCCCACUGGUGAAAAGUCAUGAAAUUUGGCAGGACGACCGGGCCUGGUGAAAAAUUCGAUAUUCUGAAGUCGCCCAAAAAAUCAAAUGCAAAAUGGCUCCAUAGCGCCCCCUAAGGUGAAAAAUUCACAUGAUUGAGUGUCACGCCUGUACGCUUUGUCAAAAUGACACAAAAUUUGACACACACGUGUAUCUCAAUAAGAUCUACAAAAAAGUCAGUGCGGGCGUAUCUGUCAAAUGUACGGUUAAAGGGCUAUUUCGCAUUUUUUGCCGAUCCGCACACAUUGGAAUUUCGCUAACUCCUCCGAAGGCUUUCGUUCCACCGGCACCACAUUUGCUCAGGCCAAUCUACACCCCAUGGCCAUUAAAAGUUGUACAAAUCAUGACGCUGCAUCCCACGGUUUACGUUCUAGGGGGCGCCAAAGAUAACCCAGAAAUCCACAUUCUUAAAAGUCGUAUAACUUUUUAUUUUUGUCCUCACUGGCCUCCAAGUUUUCUAGGAUGAUGCAAUGUCCAGCCAUCAACACAUUUGUGAAGGAAUUUUUACUCCCCAAAAGAGCGCCCCCCCAUGGCAGGAGAAAAAAGUCCAUUUUUUCUUGUCUCCUAAGGCGAAAAUUCACACUAUUGACUGUCACGCCUUUACGCUUUGUCAUAUUGACACAAAAAUUGACACACACAUGUAUCUCAAUAAGAUCUACAAAAAAGUCAGCGCGGGCGUAUCUGUCAAAUGUACGGUGAAAGGGCUAUUUCGCAUUUUUUGCCGAUCCGCACACAUUGGAAUUUCGCUAACUCCUCCGAAGGCUUUCGUUCCAAAGGCACCACAUUUGCUGAGGCCAAUCUACACCCCAUGGCCAUUAAAAGUUGUACAAAUCAUGACGCUGCACCCCACGGUUUACGUUCUAGGGGGCGCCAAAGAUAACCCAAAAAUCCACAGUCUUAAAAGUCUUAUAACUUUUUAUUUUUGUCCUCACUGGCCUCCAAGUUCUCUAGGAUGAUGCAAUGUCCAGCCAUCAACACAUUUGUGAAGGAAUUUUUACUCGCCAAAAGAGCGCCCCCCCCAUGGCAGGAGAAAAAAGUCCAUUUUUUCUUGUCUCCUAAGGCGAAAAUACACAUUGUUGACUGUCACGCCUUUACGCUUUGUCAAAAUGACACAAAAUUUGACACACACAUGUAUCUCAAAAGGAUCUACAAAAAAGUCAGUGUGGGCGUAUCUGUCAAAUGUACGGUUAAAGGGUUAUUUCGCAUUUUUUGCCGAUCCGCACACAUUGGAAUUUCGCUAACUCCUCCUAAAUCUUUUGUCCCAUCGGCUUCAAAUUUCCUCAGGUCAAUCUACACCCCAUGGCCAUUAAAAGUUAUUCAAAUCAUGAUGCUGCACCCCACGGUUUAGGUUCUAGGGGGCGCCAAAGAUAACCCUAAAAUCCACAUAUUUAAAAGUCUUAUAACUUUUUAUUUUUGUCCUCACUGGCCUCCAAGUUUUCUAGGAUGAUGCAAUGUCCAGCCAUCAACACAUUUGUGAAGGAAUUUUUCUCCCCAAAAGAGCGCCCCCCCAUGGCAGGAGAAAAGUCAUUUUUCUUGUCCCAUAAGGUGAAAAAACACAUUGUUGACUGUCAUACCUGUACGCUUUGUCAUAUUGACACAAAAUUUGACAAUCACAUGUAUCUCAAUAAGAUCUACGAAAAAGUCAAUGCGCGCGUAUCUGUAAAAUGUACGGUUAAAGGGCUAUUUUGCAUUUUUUGCCGAUUCGCACACAUUGGAAUGUGGCUAACUCCUCCUAAGGCUUUCGUCCCACUGACACCAAAUUUGCUCAGGCCAAUCUACACCCCAUGGCCAUUCAAAGUUGUAAAAAUCAUGACGCUGCACCCCACGGUUUACGUUCUAGGGGGCGCCAAAGAUGACCCAAAUAUCCACAUUCUUAAAAGAAUCCACAUCCCCCCCCCCCCCCCAUCCCCCAACCCCCAUGGCAGGAGAAACAGUCAAGUUUUUCCUGCCCAUCACUCAAUGGCUCAAUCGCAUCACUCUCCCGGCAACACCGUAACAAGGAGCAACUUGCCGUUUGGAUAUAUCCUAGCUGUGUUUGUGCCCUCACUCAUGGUCCAGACUUUUUUCAAAUAGGACAUGUAGUUUGUCUGCAGCGAGUGUUUUGGUAGAAACUGCGCCUCCCAUUCAUUAUAAUGGGAAAUGACCACAGACAAGUGCGCACACCAUCUUUGGACCUUGAGUGUGACGCGAUCGGGAGGGGGAGGCGGUCGCGCUGGGGGCGGCGCAACGCGGCUCGGGCCCGACAGUGCCCCACCGGGGCCCUAGUUCUUUCUUUCUUUCUUUCUUCUUAUUUUUCCUCCCCUUUGAAGGGGAAAAUGGCCCACUUCCCACUGGCGAAAACUCAGGACAUUUGGCAGGACAACCGGGCCUGGUGAAAAAUUCGAUAUUCUGAAGUCGCCCAAACAAUAAAAUGCAAAAUGGCUCCAUAGCGCCCCCUAAGGUGAAAAUUCACACUAUUGACUGUCACGCCUGUACGCUUUGUCAUUUUGACACAAAAAUUGACACACACGUGUAUCUCAAUACGGUCUACGAAAAAGUCAGCGCGGGCGCAUCUGUGAAAUGUACGGUUAGAGGGUUAUUUCGCAUUUUUUGCCGAUCUGCACACAUUGGAAUUUCGCUAACUCCUCCGAAGGCAUUCGUUCCACCGGCACCACAUUUGCUCAGGCCAAUCUACACCCCAUGGCCAUUAAAAGUUGUACAAAUCAUGACGCUGCACCCCACGGUUUACGUUCUAGGGGGCGCCAAAGAUAACCCAAAAAUCCACAGUCUUAAAAGUCUUAUAACUUUUUAUUUUUGUCCUCACUGGCCUCCAAGUUCUCUAGGAUGAUGCAAUGUCCAGCCAUCAACACAUUUGUGAAGGAAUUUUUACUAGCCAAAAGAGCGCCCCCCCAUGGCAGGAGAAAAAAGUCAGUUUUUUCUUGUCUCCUAAGGCGAAAAUACACAUUGUUGACUGUCACGCCUUUACGCUUUGUCAAAAUGACACAAAAUUUGACACACACAUGUAUCUCAAUAAGAUCUACGAAAAAGUCAAUGCGAGCGUAUCUGUUCAAUGUACGGUUAAAGGGUUAUUUUGCAUUUUUUCCCGAUCCGCACACAUUGGAAUUUCGCUAACUCCUCCGAAGGCUUUAAUUCCACCGCCACCAAAUUUGCUCAGGCCAAUCUACACCCCAUGGCCAUUAAAAGUUGUACAAAUCAUGACGCUGCACUCCACGGUUUAGGUUCUAGGGGGCGCCAAAGAUAACCCAAAAAUCCACAUUCUUAAUAGUCUUAUAACUUUUUAUUUUUGUCCUCACUGGCCUCCAAGUUUUCUAGGAUGAUGCAAUGUCCAGCCAUCAACACAAUUGUAAAGGAAUUUUUACUCCCGAAAAGAGCGCCCCCCCAUGGCAGGAGAAAAAAGUCCAUUUUUUCUUGUCCCCUAAGGUGACAAAACACAUUGUUGACUGUCACGCCUAUACGCUUUGUCAAAAUGACACAAAAUUUGACACACACGUGUAUCUCAAUAAGAUCUACGAAAAAGUCAAUGGGCACGUAUCUGUAAAAUGUACGGUUAAAGGGCUAUUUCGCAUUUUUUGCCGAUUCGCACACAUUGGAAUGUGGCUAACUCCUCCUAAGGCUUUCUUCCCACCGACACCAAAUUUGCUCAAGCCGAUCUACAUCCCAUGGCCAUUCAAAGUUGUAAAAAUCAUGCCGCUGCACCCCAUGGUUUACGUUCUAGGGGGCGCCAAAGAUGACCCAAAUAUCCACAUUCUUAAAAGAAUCCACAUCCCCCCCCCAAGGCAGGAGAAAAAGUCCAGUUAACCCUGCCCAUCGCUCAAUGGCUCAAUCGCAUCGCUCUCCCGGCAACACCGUAAGGAGGAGCAACUUGCCAUUUGGAUAUAUCCUAGCUGUGUUUGUGCCCUCACUCAUGGUCCAGACUUUUUUCAAAUAGGACAUGUAGUUUGUCUGCAGCGACCGUUUUGGUAGAAACUGCGCCUCCCAUUCAUUAUAAUGGGAAAUGACCACAGACAAGUGCGCACACCAUCUUUGGACCUUGAGUGUGAUGCAAUCGGGAGGGGGAGGCGGUCACGCUGGGGGCGGCGCGACGCGGCUCGGGCCCGAAAGUGCCCCACCGGGGCCCUAGUUCUUAUUAUUUUUCUGCCACUUUGAACUGGAAAAUGGCCCACUUCCCAAUGGUGAAAACUCAUGAAAUUUGGCAGGACGACCGGGCCUGGUGAAAAAUUCGAUAUUCUGAAGUCGCCCAAACAAUCAAAUGCAAAAUGGCUCCAUAGCGCCCCCUAAUGUGAAAAAUUCACAUGAUUGAGUGUCACGCCUGUACGCUUUGUCAAAAUGACACAAAAUUUGACACACACGUGUAUCUCAAUAAGAUCUACAAAAAAGUCAGCGCAGGCGUAUCUGUCAAAUGUACGGUUAAAGGGCUAUUUCGCAUUUUUUGCCGAUCCGCACACAUUGGAAUUUCGCUAACUCCUCCGAAGGCUUUCGUUCCACCGGCACCACAUUUGCUCAGGCCAAUCUACACCCCAUGGCCAUUAAAAGUUGUACAAAUCAUGAUGCUGCACCCCACGGUUUACGUUCUAGGGGGCGCCAAAGAUAACCCAAAAAUCCACAGUCUUAAAAGUCUUAUAACUUUUUAUUUUUGUCCUCACUGGCCUCCAAGUUUUCUAGGAUGAUGCAAUGUCCAGCCAUCAACACAUUUGUGAAGGAAUUUUUACUCCCGAAAAGAGCGCCCCCCAUGGCAGGAGAAAAAAGUCCAUUUUUUCUUGUCCCCUAAGGUGAAAAAACACAUUGUUGACUGUCACGCCUAUACGCUUUGUCAUAUUGACCCAAAAUUUGACACACACGUGUAUCUCAAUAAGAUCUACGAAAAAGUCCAUGGGCACGUAUCUGUAAAAUGUACGGUUAAAGGGUUAUUUCGCCUUUUUUCCUGAUCCGCACACAUUGGAAUUUCGCUAACUCCUCCGAAGGCUUUAGUUCCACCGCCACCACAUUUGCUCAGGCCAAUCUACACCCCAUGGCCAUUAAAAGUUGUACAAAUCAUGACGCUGCACUCCACGGUUUAGGUUCUAGGGGGCGCCAAAGAUAACCCAAAAAUCCACAUUCUUAAUAGUCUUAUAACUUUUUAUUUUUGUCCUCACUGGCCUCCAAGUUCUCUAGGAUGAUGCAAUGUCCAGCCAUCAACACAUUUGUAACGGAAUUUUUACUCCCGAAAAGAGCGCCCCCCCAUGGCAGGAGAAAAAAGUCCAUUUUUUCUUGUCCCCUAAGGUGAAAAACCACAUUGUUGACUGUCACGCCUAUACGCUUUGUCAAAAUGACACAAAAUUUGACACACACGUGUAUCUCAAUAAGAUCUACGAAAAAGUCGAUGGGCACGUAUCUGUAAAAUGUACGGUUAAAGGGCUAUUUCGCAUUUUUUGCCGAUUCGCCCACAUUGGAAUGUGGCUAACUCCUCCUAAGGCUUUCGUCCCACCAGCACCAAAUUUGCUCAAGCCGAUCUACAUCCCAUGGCCAUUCAAAGUUGUAAAAAUCAUGACGCUGCACCCCACGGUUUAGGUUCUAGGGGGCGCCAAAGAUGACCCAAAUAUCCACAUUCUUAAAAGAAUCCACAUCCCCCCCCCAAGGCAGGAGAAAAAGUCCAGUUAACCCUGCCCAUCGCUCAAUGGCUCAAUCGCAUCGCUCUCCCGGCAACACCGUAAGGAGGAGCAACUUGCCAUUUGGAUAUAUCCUAGCUGUGUUUGUGCCCUCACUCAUGGUCCAGACUUUUUUCAAAUAGGACAUGUAGUUUGUCUGCAGCGACCGUUUUGGUAGAAACUGCGCCUCCCAUUCAUUAUAAUGGGAAAUGACCACAGACAAGUGCGCACACCAUCUUUGGACCUUGAGUGUGAUGCAAUCGGGAGGGGGAGGCGGUCGCGCUGGGGGCGGCGCGACGCGGCUCGGGCCCGAAAGUGCCCCACCGGGGCCCUAGUUAGGGCCCGAGCCAGCUGCAGAGCAGCCGGGCGUAGGCCCUAUUAUUCCCCAAGUGGUUUUUCUUUGUUUCUUUCUUUAGGGCCCGAGCGUAGCUGCUAAGCAGCUGCGAGAGCCCUCUUGUUCCUGAUGGAUUCUUCUUUUGUUAUUAUUAUUAUUAGGGCCCGAGCGUAGCUGCUAAGCAGCUGCGAGAGCCCUCUUGUUCCUGAUGGAUUCUUCUUUCGUUAUUUUUCCUCCGCUUUAAACUGGAAAAUGGCCCACUUCCCACUGGCGAAAACUCAGGAAAUUUGGCAGGACGACCUGGCCUGGUGAAAAAUUUGAUAUUCUGAAGUCGCCCAAACAAAAAAAUGAAAAAUUGCUCCAUAGCGCCCCCUAUGGUGAAAACUCACCUGACGCCUGUACGCUUUGUCAAAAUGACACAAAAUUUGACACACAUGUGUAUCUCAAUAAGAUCUACAAAAAAGUCAGUGCGGGCGUAUCUGUCAAAUGUACGGUUAAAGGGCUAUUUCGCAUUUUUUGCCGAUCCGCACACAUUGGAAUUUCGCUAACUCCUCCGAAGGCUUUCGUUCCACCGGCACCAAAUUUGCUCAGGCCAAUCUACACCCCAUGGCCAUUAAAAGUUGUACAAAUCAUGACGCUGCACCCCACGGUUUAUGUUCUAGGGGGCGCCAAAGAUAACCCAAAAAUCCACAUUCUUAAAAGUCUUAUAACUUUUUAUUUUUGUCCUCACUGGCCUCCAAGUUUUCUAGGAUGAUGCUAUGUCCAGCCAUCAACACAUGUGUGAAGGAAUUUUUACUCCCCAAAAGAGCGCCCCCCCAUGGCAGGAGAAAAAAGUCAAGUUUUUCUUGUCCCCUAACAUGAAAAUACACAUUGUUGAGUGUCACGCCUAAACGCUUUGUCAUAUUGACACAAAAAUUGACACACACAUGUAUCUCAAUAAGAUCUACGAAAAAGUCAAAGAGCGCGUAUCUGUAUAAUGUACGGUUAAAGGUUUAUUUCGCAUUUUUUGCCGAUCCGCACACAUUGGAAUUUCGCUAACUCCUCCGAAGGCUUUCGUUCCACCGGCACCAAAUUUGCUCAGGCCAAUCUACACCCCAUGGCCAUUAAAAGUUGUAAAAAUCAUGACGCUGCACCCCACGGUUUAGGUUCUAGGGGGCGCCAAAGAUAACCCUAAAAUCCACAUAUUUAAAAGUCUUAUAACUUUUUAUUUUUGUCCUCACUGGCCUCCAAGUUUUCUAGGAUGAUGCAAUGUCCAGCCAUCAACACAUUUGUGAAGGAAUUUUUACUCCCCAAAAGAGCGCCCCCCCAUGGCAGGAGAAAAAAGUCAAUUUUUUCUUGUCCCCUAAGGUGAAAAUACACAUUGUUGAGUGUCACGCCUGAACUCUUUGUCAUAUUGACACAAAAAUUGACAAUCAUGUGUAUCUCAAUUAGAUCUACGAAAAAGUCAAAGAGCGCGUAUCUGUAUAAUGUACGGUAAAAGGGCUAUUUUGCAUUUUUUGCCGAUUCGCACACAUUGGAAUUUCGCUAACUCCUCCGAAGGCUUUCGUCCCACUGACACCAUAGUUGCUCAGGCCAAUCUACAACCCAUGGCCAUUCAAAGUUGUACAAAUCAUGACGCUGCACCCCACGGUUUAGGUUCUAGGGGGCGCCAAAGAUAACCCAAAAAUCCACAGUCUUAAAAGUCUUAUAACUUUUUAUUUUUGUCCUCACUGGCCUCCAAGUUCUCUAGGAUGAUGCAAUGUCCAGCCAUCAACACAUUUGUGAAGGAAUUUUUACUCCCCAAAAGAGCGUCCCCCCAUGGCAGGAGAAAAAAGUCAAUUUUUUCUUGUCCCCCAAGGCGACAAUACACAUUGUUGAAUGUCACGCCUGUACGCUUUGUCAUAUUGACACAAAAUUUGACAAUCACGUGCAUCUCAAUAAGAUCUACGAAAAAGUCAAUGCGCGCGUAUCUGUAAAAUGUACGGUUAAAGGGCUUUUUCGCAUUUUUUGCAGAUUCGCACACAUUGGAAUGUGGCUUAGUCCUCCUAAGGCUUUCGUCCCACUGACACCAAAUUUGCUCAGGCCAAUCUACACCCCAUGGCCAUUCAAAGUUGUAAAAAUCAUGACGCUGCACCCCACGGUCUACGUUCUAGGGGGCGCCAAAGAGGACCCAAACAUCCACAUUUUUAAAAGUCUUAUAACUUUUUAUUUUUGUGCUCACUGGCCUCCAAGUUUUCUAGGAUGAUGCAAUGUCCAGCCAUCAACACAUUUGUGAAGGAAUUUUUACUCCCCAAAAGAGCGCCCCCCCAUGGCAGGAGAAAAAGUCAAGUUUUUCCUGCCCAUCGCUCAAUGGCUCAAACGCAUCGCUCUCUCGGCAAAACCGAAAGGAGGAGCAACUUGCCAUUUCGAUAUAUACUAGCUGUGUUUGUGCCCUCACUCAUGGUCCAGCCUUUUUUCAAAAAGGACAUGGAGUUUGUCUGCAGCGAGCGUUUUGGUAGAAACUGCGCCUCCCAUUCAUUAUAAUAGUAAAUGACCACAGACAAGUGCGCACACCAUCUUUGGACCUUGAGUGUGACGCGAUCGGGAGGGGUAGGCGGUCGCACUGGGGGCGGCGCGACAUGGCUCGGGCCCGCCAGUGCCCCACCGGGGCCCUAGUUAUUAUUUUUCCUCCGCUUUAAACUGGAAAAUGGCCCACUUCCCACUGGCGAAAACUCAUGAAAUUUGGCAGGACGACCGGGCCUGGUGAAAAAUUCGAUAUUCUGAAGUCGCCCAAACAAUAAAAUGCAAAAUGGCUCCAUAGCGCCCCCUAAGGUGGAAAUUCACACUAUUGACUGUCACGUCUGUACGUUUUGUCAUAUUGACACAAAAAUUGACACACAUAUGUAUCUCAAUAAGAUCUACAAAAAAGUCAGUGCGGGCGUAUCUGUCAAAUGUACGGUUAAAGGGUUAUUUCGCAUUUUUUGCCGAUCCGCACACAUUGGAAUUUCGCUAACUCCUCCGAAGGCUUUCGUUCCACCGGCACCACAUUUGCUCAGGCCAGUCUACACCCCAUGGCCAUUAAAAGUUGUACAAAUCAUGACGCUGCACCCCACGGUUUAGGUUCUAGGGGGCGCCAAAGAUAACCCAAAAAUCCACAUUCUUAAAAGUCUUAUAACUUUUUAUUUUUGUCCUCACUGCCCUCCAAGUUUUCUAGGAUGAUGCAAUGUCCAGCCAUCAACACAUUUGUGAAGGAAUUUUUACUCCCCAAAAGAGCGCCCCCCCAUGGCAGGAGAAAAAGUCAAUUUUUUCUUGUCCCCUUACAUGAAAAUACACAUUGUUGAGUGUCACGCCUGAACGCUUUGUCAUAUUGACACAAAAAUUGACAAUCAUGUGUAUCUCAAUUAGAUCUACGAAAAAGUCACAGAGCACGUAUCUGUAUAAUGUACGGUUAAAGGGCUAUUUCGCAUUUUUUGCCGAUUCGCACACAUUGGAAUGUGGCUAUCUCCUCCUAAGGCUUUCGUCCCACUGAUACCAAAUUUGCUCAGGGCAAUCUACACCCCAUGCCCAUUCAAAGUUGUAAAAACCAUGAUGCUGCACCCCACGGUUUACGUUCUAGGGGGCGCCAAAGAUGACCCAAAAAUCCACAUUCUUAAAAGUCAUUUUGGCCACUGCAGGAGUACAGAGUACUGCAGUUCUAGGGGGCGCCAAAGAUGACCCAAAAAUCCACAUUCUUAAAAGUCUUUUUGGCCACUGCAGGAGUACAGAGUACUGCAGGAUACACACACAUAUACACACACGCCAACACACACACACACACACACACACACACACACACACACACACACACACACACACACACACUCAGAGUCUGUUUUUUAGCACCUGCAAAAACAUGCUGUUUACAUAUUUGACAAGAAUGCAGAGGCUUCCUUUUGCCCCUGAAAAAAAUCAAAUUUCAAACACAACUUGACUGUUCAUUUCUCCAAAAGACAACCAUGAAGCUCCAUCCAAACCUGAAGCAGAUAGUUGGUGCAUGUGUACAGUAACCUGAGGGGAGUGAGGUGACUAUUUCUGAGGAGAACAUGAGCAGUGAAGAUUCACCUUGGAGCUAGAACAGGGACGUGCACAUGAUUAUACAGGGGCAGGGGCUCAAGUUUUUUCCAGUCAUUUAUACAAUAUGGAAAUUAAUGUGAAAUUAAAAAACAAAGUAUUAAUAGAAAGGUUAUGACUGUCCUGUGUAGAUGACAGUGAUAUCCAAUAGGCUAGGCACUCACGAGUCUGGCUGUGGCAAGUGUAAGUGAAAGCAACACGCACUGGCAGGAAGAACAGCAAACGCCGAUGAAGGAAAGGGUCUUUGCAGUGAUGGGCGUUACCAGAGAGGACGAUGGCCAGAGGACGCGAAUGGGACGGGGAGGCAGCGCGUUGGGGGGGGCAGCGCGACACGGCUCGGGCCCGCCAGUGCCCCAACGGGGCCCUAGUUCUUUCUUUCUUUCUUUCUUUCUUCUUUUUCCUCCCCUUUGAACUGGAAAAUGGCCCACUUCCCACUGGCGAAAACUCAUGAAAUUUGGCAGGACGACCGGGCCUGGUGAAAAAUUCGAUAUUCUGAAGUCGCCCAAACAAUAAAAUGCAAAAUGGCUCCAUAGCGCCCCCUAAGGUGGAAAUUCACACUAUUGACUGUCACGCCUGUACGCUUUGUCAUAUUGACACAAAAAUUGACACACAUAUGUAUCUCAAUAAGAUCUACAAAAAAGUCAGUGCGGCCGUAUCUGUCAAAAUUACGGUUAAAGGGUUAUUUCGCAUUUUUUGCCGAUCCGCACACAUUGGAAUUUCGCUAACUCCUCCGAAGGCUUUCGUUCCACCGGCACCACAUUUGCUCAGGCCAAUCUACACCCCAUGGCCAUUAAAAGUUAUCAAAAUCAUGACGCUGCACCCCAAGGUUUAGGUUCUAGGGGGCGCCAAAGAUAACACUAAAAUCCACAUAUUUAAAAGUCUUAUAACUUUUUAUUUUUGUCCUCACUGGCCUCCAAGUUUUCUAGGAUGAUGCAAUGUCCAGCCAUCAACACAUUUGUGAAGGAAUUUUUACUCCCCAAAAGAGCGCCCCCCCCCCAUGGCAGGAGAAAAAAGUCCAUUUUUUCUUGUCCCCUAAGGUGAAAAUACACAUUGUUGAGUGUCACGCCUAUACGCUUUGUCAAAAUGACACAAAAAUUGACACACACAUGUAACUCAAUAAGAUCUACAAAAAAGUCCAUGCGCGCGUAUCUGUCAAAUGUACAGUUAAAGGGUUAUUCCGCAUUUUUUGCCGAUACGCACACAUUGGAAUUUCGCUAACUCCUCCGAAGGCUUUCGUUCCACCGGCACCACAUUUGCUCAGGCCAAUCUACACCCCAUGGCCAUUAAAAGUUGUACAAAUCAUGACGCUGCACCCCACGGUUUACGUUCUAGGGGGCGCCAAAGAUAACCCAAAAAUCCACAGUCUUAAAAGUCUUAUAACUUUUUAUUUUUGUCCUCACUGGCCUCCAAGUUUUCUAGGAUGAUGCAAUGUCCAGCCAUCAACACAUUUGUGAAGGAAUUUUUACUCCCCAAAAGAGCGCCCCCCCAUGGUAGGAGAAAAAAGUCAAUUUUUUCUUGUCCCCUUACAUAAAAAUACACAUUGUUGAGUGUCACGCCUGAACGCUUUGUCAUAUUGACACAAAAAUUGACAAUCAUGUGUAUCUCAAUUAGAUCUACGAAAAAGUCAAAGAGCGCGUAUCUGUAUAAUGUACGGUUAAAGGGCUAUUUUGCAUUUUUUGCCGAUUCGCACACAUUGGAAUGUGGCUAUCUCCUCCUAAGGCUUUCGUCCCACCGAUACCAAAUUUGCUCAGGGCAAUCUACACCCCAUGCCCAUUCAAAGUUGUAAAAAUCAUGACGCUGCACCCCACGGUUUACGUUCUAGGGGGCGCCAAAGAUGACCCAAAAAUCCACAUUCUUAAAAGUCAUUUUGGCCACUGCAGGAGUACAGAGUACUGCAGUUCUAGGGGGCGCCAAAGAUGACCCAAAAAUCCACAUUCUUAAAAGUCUUUUUGGCCACUGCAGGAGUACAGAGUACUGCAGGAUACACACACAUAUACACACACGCCAACAUACACACACACACACACACACACACACACACACACACAGACACACACACACACUCAGAGUCUGUUUUUUAGCACCUGCAAAAACAUGCUGUUUACAUAUUUGACAAGAAUGCAGAGGCUUCCUUUUGCCCCUGAAAAAAAUCAAAUUUCAAACACAACUUGACUGUUCAUUUCUCCAAAAGACAACCAUGAAGCUCCAUUUCAAACCUGAAGCAGAUAGUUGGUGCAUGUGUACAGUAACCUGAGGGGAGUGAGGUGACUAUUUCUGAGGAGAACAUGAGCAGUGAAGAUUCACCUUGGAGCUAGAACAGAGACAUGCACAUGAUUAUACAGGGGCAGGGGCUCAAGUUUUUUCCAGUCGUUUAUACAAUAUGGAAAUUAAUGUGAAAUUAAAACACAAAGUAUUAAUAGAAAGGUAAUGACUGUCCUGUGUAGGUGACAGUGAUAUCCAAUAGGCUAGGCACUCACGAGGCUGGCUGUGGCAAGUGUAAGUGAAAGCAACACGCACUGGCAGGAAGAACAGCAAACGCCGAUGAAGGAAAAGGGUCUUUGCAGUGAUGGGCGUUACCAGAGAGGGCGAUGGCCAGACGACACAAAUGGGACGGGAAGGCAGCACGUUGGGGGGGGGGGGGGGGGGGGACGCGACACGGCUCGGGCCCGCCAGUGCCCCAACGGGGUCCUAGUUCUUAUUAUUUUUCUGCCACUUUGAACUGGAAAAUGGCCCACUUCCCAAUGGUGAAAACUCAUGAAAUUUGGCAGGACGACCGGGCCUGGUGAAAAAUUCGAUAUUCUGAAGUCGCCCAAACAAUCAAAUGCAAAAUGGCUCCAUAGCGCCCCCUAAUGUGAAAAAUUAACAUGAUUGAGUGUCACGCCUGUACGCUUUGUCAAAAUGACACAAAAUUUGACACACACGUGUAUCUCAAUAAGAUCUACAAAAAAGUCAGCGCAGGCGUAUCUGUCAAAUGUACGGUUAAAGGGCUAUUUCGCAUUUUUUGCCGAUCCGCACACAUUGGAAUUUCGCUAACUCCUCCGAAGGCUUUCGUUCCACCGGCACCACAUUUGCUCAGGCCAAUCUACACCCCAUGGCCAUUAAAAGUUGUACAAAUCAUGAUGCUGCACCCCACGGUUUACGUUCUAGGGGGCGCCAAAGAUAACCCAAAAAUCCACAGUCUUAAAAGUCUUAUAACUUUUUAUUUUUGUCCUCACUGGCCUCCAAGUUUUCUAGGAUGAUGCAAUGUCCAGCCAUCAACACAUUUGUGAAGGAAUUUUUACUCCCGAAAAGAGCGCCCCCCCCAUGGCAGGAGAAAAAAGUCCAUUUUUUCUUGUCCCCUAAGGUGAAAAAACACAUUGUUGACUGUCACGCCUAUACGCUUUGUCAUAUUGACCCAAAAUUUGACACACACGUGUAUCUCAAUAAGAUCUACGAAAAAGUCCAUGGGCACGUAUCUGUAAAAUGUACGGUUAAAGGGUUAUUUCGCCUUUUUUCCUGAUCCGCACACAUUGGAAUUUCGCUAACUCCUCCGAAGGCUUUAGUUCCACCGCCACCACAUUUGCUCAGGCCAAUCUACACCCCAUGGCCAUUAAAAGUUGUACAAAUCAUGACGCUGCACUCCACGGUUUAGGUUCUAGGGGGCGCCAAAGAUAACCCAAAAAUCCACAUUCUUAAUAGUCUUAUAACUUUUUAUUUUUGUCCUCACUGGCCUCCAAGUUCUCUAGGAUGAUGCAAUGUCCAGCCAUCAACACAUUUGUAACGGAAUUUUUACUCCCGAAAAGAGCGCCCCCCCAUGGCAGGAGAAAAAAGUCCAUUUUUUCUUGUCCCCUAAGGUGAAAAACCACAUUGUUGACUGUCACGCCUAUACGCUUUGUCAAAAUGACACAAAAUUUGACACACACGUGUAUCUCAAUAAGAUCUACGAAAAAGUCGAUGGGCACGUAUCUGUAAAAUGUACGGUUAAAGGGCUAUUUCGCAUUUUUUGCCGAUUCGCCCACAUUGGAAUGUGGCUAACUCCUCCUAAGGCUUUCGUCCCACCAGCACCAAAUUUGCUCAAGCCGAUCUACAUCCCAUGGCCAUUCAAAGUUGUAAAAAUCAUGACGCUGUACCCCACGGUUUAGGUUCUAGGGGGCGCCAAAGAUAACCCUAAAAUCCACAUAUUUAAAAGUCUUAUAACUUUUUAGUUUUGUCCUCACUGGCCUCCAGGUUUUCUAGGAUGAUGCAAUGUCCAGCCAUCAACACAUUUGUGAAGGAAUUUUUACUCCCCAAAAGAGCGCCCCCCCCCCCAUGGCAGGAGAAAAAAGUCCAUUUUUUCUUGUCCACUAAGGUGAAAAUACACAUUGUUGAGUGCUACGCCUGUAUGUUUUGUCGUAUUGACACAAAAUUUUACAUACACGUGUAUUUCAAUAAGAUCUACGAAAAAGUCAAUGGGCACGUAUCUGUAAAAUGUACGGUUAAAGGGCAAUUUCGCAGUUUUUGGCGAUUUGCACACAUUAGAAUUUUGCUAACUCCUCUGAAGGCUUGAGUUCCACUGUCACCAAAGUUGCUCAGGCUAAUCUACACUCCAUGGCCAUUCAAAGUUGUACAAAUCAUGAUGCUGCACCCUAUGGUCUAUGUUCUAGUGGUCGCCAAAGAUAACCCAAUACUCACAUUCUUAAAAGUCGUCUUGGCCAGUGAGUGGCGCCAAUGGGAGCUCUCUAUGAAAUCUGAUGCUACAGAAAAAGUUAAAAGGCUCAAAUCUUUGCUAUAUUAGUGACUUUAUGUCUUAAAUGGGAAUUUCAAGGGUUAAAAAAUUAUUUUCAUUGAAACAUUUGCUAGUUUUGAACAGGGCAGAAGUUAAAUAUAAGACAUGUACAAAAGAUCUAAUUGAUCUCAGCUUUUACCUGUCCAAUUUAGGAAGAAUAAGUUUUAGCUUUAAGGCCUUUAACAACCAGAGGCCCUUACAUAAAGUUUUAGGGAAAUUUCAGUGAAGGCCUGGGUGUAUGUCUUGAAGUUGGUGUUUUAUUUUGUAUGAGUGUGACGCGAUCGGGAGGGGGAGGCGGUCGCGCUGGGGGCGGCGCAACGCGGCUCGGGCCAGACAGUGCCCCACCGGGGCCCUAGUCUUCUUCUUAUUAUUAUUAUUAGGGCCCGAGCCAGCUGCAGAGCAGCCGGGCGUAGAGCCCUAUUAUUCCUGUAUAGGUUUUUCUUUCUUCUUUCUUUCUUUCUUUCUUUAGGGCCCGAGCGUAGCUGCUAAGCAGCUGCGAGAGCCCUAUUAUUCCCCAAGUGGUUUUUCUUUGUUUCUUAGGGCCCGAGCGUAGCUGCUAAGCAGCUGCGAGAGCCCUCUUGUUCCUGAUGGAUUCUUCUUUCGUUAUUUUUCCUCCGCUUUAAACUGGAAAAUGGCCCACUUCCCACUGGCGAAAACUCAGGAAAUUUGGCAGGACGACCGGGCCUGGUGAAAAAUUUGAUAUUCUGAAGUCGUCCAAACAAAAAAACGAAAAAUGGCUCCAUAGCGCCCCCUAUGGUGAAAAGUCACCUGAUGCCUGUACGCUUUGUCAAAAUGACACAAAAUUUGACACACAUGUGUAUCUCAAUAAGAUCUACGAAAAAGUCAGUGCGGGCGUAUCUGUCAAAUGUACGGUUAAAGGGCUAUUUCGCAUUUUUUGCCGAUCCGCACACAUUGGAAUUUCGCUAACUCCUCCGAAGGCUUUCGUUCCUCCGGCACCAAAUUUGCUCAGGCCAAUCUACACCCCAUGGCCAUUCAAAGUUGUACAAAUCAUGACGCUGCACCCCACGGUUUACGUUCUAGGGGGCGCCAAAGAUAACCCAAAAAUCCACAUUCUUAAAAGUCUUAUAACUUUUUAUUUUUGUCCUCACUGGCCUCCAAGUUUUCUAGGAUGAUGCAAUGUCCAGCCAUCAACACAUUUGUGAAGGAAUUUUUACUCCCCAAAAGAGCGCCCCCCCCAUGGCAGGAGAAAAAAGUCCAUUUUUUCUUGUCUCCUAAGGUAAAAAUACACAUUGUUGAGUGUCACGCCUAUACACUUUGUCAUAUUGACACACAAUUUAACAAUCACGUGUAUCUCAAUAAGAUCUACAAAAAAGUCAAUAGGCACGUAUCUGUCAAAUGUACGGUUAAAGGGCUAUUUCGCAUUUUUUGCCGAUUCGCACACAUUGGAAUGUGGCUAUCUCCUCCUAAGGCUUUUGUCCCACCGAUACCAAAUUUGCUCAGGGCAAUCUACACCCCAUGCCCAUUCAAAGUUGUAAAAAUCAUGACGCUGCACCCCACGGUUUACGUUCUAGGGGGCGCCAAAAUGACCCAAAAAUCCACAUUCUUAAAAGUCAUUUUGGCCACUGCAGGAGUACAGAGUACUGCAGUUCUAGGGGGCGCCAAAGAUGACCCAAAAAUCCACAUUCUUAAAAGUCAUUUUGGCCACUGCAGGAGUACAGAGUACUGCAGUUCUAGGGGGCGCCAAAGAUGACCCAAAAAUCCACAUUCUUAAAAGUCUUUUCGGCCACUGCAGGAGUACAGAGUACUGCAGGAUACACACACAUAUACACACACGCCAACACACACACACACACACACACACACACACACACACACACACACACACACACACUCAGAGUCUGUUUUUUAGCACCUGCAAAAACAUGCUAUUUACAUAUUUGACAAGAAUGCAGAGGCUUCCUUUUGCCCCUGAAAAAAAAUCAAAUUUCAAACACAACUUGACUGCUCAUUUCUCCAAAAGACAACCAUGAAGCUCCAUCCAAACCUGAAGCAGGCAGUUGGUGUAUGUGUACAGUAACCUGAGGGUAGUGAGGUGACUGCUUCUGAGGAGAACAUGAGCAGUGAAGAUUCACCUUGGAGCUAGAACAGGGACGUGCACAUGAUUAUACAGGGGCAGGGGCUCAAGUUUUUUCCAGUCGUUUAUACAAUAUGGAAAUUAAUGUGAAAUUAAAAAACAAAGUAUUAAUAGAAAGGUAAUGACUGUCCUGUGUAGGUGACAGUGAUAUCCAAUAGGCUAGGCACUCACGAGGCUGGCUGUGGCAAGUGUAAGUGAAAGCAACACGCACUGGAAGGAAGAACAGCAAACGCCGAUGAAGGAAAAGGGUCUUUGCAGUGAUGGGCGUUACCAGAGAGGGCGAUGGCCAGAGGACGCAAAUGGGACAGGGAGGCAGCGCGUUGGGGGGGGAACACGGCUCGGGCCCGCCAGUGCCCCAACGGGGCCCUAGUUUUUUCUUUUUCCUCCCCUUUGAACUGGAAAAUGGCCCACUUCCCACUGGCGAAAACUCAUGAAAUUUGGCAGGACGACCGGGCCUGGUGAAAAAUUUGAUAUUCUGAAGUCGCCCAAACAAUACAAUGCAAAAUGGCUCCAUAGCGCCCCCUAAGGUGAAAAAUUCACCUGACGCCUGUACGCUUUGUCAAAAUGACACAAAAAUUGACACACACAUGUAUCUCAAUAAGAUCUACAAAAAAGUCAGUGCGGGCGUAUCUGUCAAAUGUACGGUUAAAGGGUUAUUGCGCAUUUUUUGCCGAUCCGCACACAUUGGAAUUUCGCUAACUCCUCCGAAGGCUUUCGUUCCACCGGCACCACAUUUGCUCAGGCCAAUCUACACCCAAUGGCCAUUAAAAGUUAUUCAAAUCAUGACGCUGCACCCCACGGUUUAGGUUCUAGGGGGCGCCAAAGAUAACCCUAAAAUCCACAUAUUUCAAAGUCUUAUAACUUUUUAUAUUUGCCCUCACUGGCCUCCAAGUUUUCUAGGAUGAUGCAAUGUCCAGCCAUCAACACAUUUGUGAAGGAAUUUUUACUCCCCAAAAGAGCGCCCCCCCAUGGCAGGAGAAAAAAGUCCAUUUUUUCUUGUCCCAUAAGGUGAAAAUUCACACUAUUGACUGUCACGCCUGUACGCUUUUUCAAAAUGACACAAAAAUUGACACUAACGUGUAUCUCAAUAAGAUCUACAAAAAAGUCAGUGCGGGCGUAUCUGUAAAAUGUACGGUUAAAGGGCUAUUUCGCAUUUUUUGGCGAUCCGCACACAUUGGAAUUUCGCUAACUCCUCCGAAGGCUUUCGUUCCACCGGCACCAAAUUUGCUCAGGCCAAUCUACACCCCAUGGCCAUUAAAAGUUGUACAAAUCAUGAUGCUGCACCCCACGGUUUACGUUCUAGGGGGCGCCAAAGAUAACCCAAAAAUCCACAUUCUUAAAAGUCUUAUAACUUAUUAUUUUUGUCCUCACUGGCUUCCAAGUUUUCUAGGAUGAUGCAAUGUCUAGCCAUCAACACAUUUGUUAAGGAAUUUUUACUCCCUAAAAGAGUGCCCCCCCAUGGCAGGAGAAAAAGUCAGAUUUUUCCUGCCCAUCGCUCAAUGGUUCAAACACAUCGCCCUCUCGGCAAAACCGAAAGGAGGAACAACUUGCCAUUUGGAUAUAUCCUAGCUGUGUUUGUGCCCUCACUCAUGGUCCAGACUUUUUUCAAAUAGGACAUGGAGUUUGUCUGCAGCGAGCGUUUUGGUAGAAACUGCGCCUCCCAUUCAUUAUAAUGGUAAAUGACCACAGACAAGUGCGCACACCAUCUUUAGGGCCCGAGCCAGCUGCAGAGCAGCCGGGCGUAGAGCCCUAUUAUUCCUGUAUAGGUUUUUCUUUCUUCUUUCUUUCUUUCUUUCUUUAGGGCCCGAGCGUAGCUGCUAAGCAGCUGUGAGAGCCCUCUUGUUCCUGCAUGUUUCCUUCUUUCGUUAUUAUUUUUCCUCCGCUUUAAACUGGAAAAUGGCCCACUUCCCACUGGCGAAAACUCAGGAAAUUUGGCAGGACGACCGGGCCUGGUGAAAAAUUCGAUAUUCUGAAGUUGCUCAAACAAUAAAAUGCAAAAUGGCUCCAUAGCGCCCCCUAAGGUGAAAAUUCACCUGACGGCUGUACGCUUUGUCAUAUUGACACAAAAAUUGACACACACAUGUAUCUCAAUAAGAUCUACAAAAAAGUCACUGCAGGCGUAUCUGUCAAAUGUACGGUUAAUGGGUUAUUUUUCAUUUUUUGCAGAUCUGCACACAUUGGAAUUUCGCUAAAUCCUCCGAAGGCUUUCGUUCGACCGGCACCACAUUUGCUCAGGCCAAUCUAUCCCCCAUGGCCAUUAAAAGUUGUACAAAUCAUGACGCUGCACCCCACGGUUUACGUUCUAGGGGGCGCCAAAGAUAACCCAAAAAUCCACAGUCUUAAAAGUCUUAUAACUUUUUACUUUUGUCCUCACUGGCCUCCAAGUUUUCUAGGAUGAUGCAAUGUCCAGCCAUCAACACAUUUGUGAAGGAAUUUUUACUCCCCAAAAGAGCGCCCCCCAAUGGCAGAAGAAAAAGGUCCAUUUUUUCUUGUCUCCAAAGGUCAAAAUACACAUUGUCGAGUGUCACGCCUGUAUGCUUUGUCAUAUUGACACAAAAUUUGACAAUCACGUGUAUCUCAAUAAGAUCUACGAAAAAGUCAAAGGGCAUGUAUCUGUCAAAUGUACGGUUAAAGGGCUAUUUUGCAUUUUUUGCCGAUCCGCACACAUUGGAAUUUCACUAACUCCUCCGAAGGCUAUCUUUCCACCGGCACCAAAUUUGCUCAGGCCAAUCUACACCCCAUGGCCAUUAAAAGUUGUACAAAUCAUCUUGCUGCACCCCACGGUUUGGGUUCUAGGGGGCACCAAAUAUAACCCAAAAAUCCACAUUCUUAAAAGUCUUAUAACUUUUUAUUUUUUUCCAUACCGGCCUCCAAGUUUUUUAGGAUGAUGCAAUGUCCAGCCAUCAACACAUUUGUGAAGAAAUUUUUACUCCCCAAAAGAGCGCCCCCCCAUGGCAGGAGAAAAAAGUCCAUUUUUUCUUAUCCCGAAAGGUGAAAAUACACGUUGUUGAGUGUCACGCCUUUACGCUUUGUCAUAUUGACAAAAAAAUUUGACAAUCACGUGUAUCUUAAUAAGAUCUAUGAAAAAGUCAAUGGACACGUAAGUGUAAAAUGUACAGUUAAAGGGCUAUUUUGCAUUUUUUGCCGAUUCGCACACAUUGGAAUUUUGCUAACUCCUCCUAAGGUUUUCGUCCCACUGACACCAAAUUUGCUCAGGCCAAUCUACACCCCAUGGCCAUUAAAAGUUGUACAAAUCAUGACGCUGCACCCCACGGUUUACGUUCUAGGGGGCGCCAAAGAUAACCCAAAAAUCCACAGUCUUAAAAGUCUUAUAACUUUUUAUUUUUGUCCUCACUGGCCUCCAAGUUCUCUAGGAUGAUGCAAUGUCCAGCCAUCAACACAUUUGUGAAGGAAUUUUUACUCCCCAAAAGAGCGCCCCCACAUGGCAGGAGAAAAAAGUCCAUUUUUUCUUGUCCCCUAAGGUGAAAAUACACAUUGUUGAGUGUCACGCCUAUACGCUUUGUCAAAUUGACCCAAAAUUUGACAAUCACAUGUAUCUCCAUAAGAUCUACGAAAAAGUCAAUGGGCACGUAUCUGUAAAAUGUACGGUUAAAGGGUUAUUUCGCAUUUUUUGCCGAUCCGCACACAUUGGAAUUUCGCUAACUCCUCCGAAGGCUUUAGUUCCACCGCCACCAAAUUUGCUCAGGCCAAUCUACACCCCAUGGCCAUUAAAAGUUGUACAAAUCAUGACGCUGCACUCCACGGUUUAGGUUCUAGGGGGCGCCAAAGAUAACCCAAAAAUCCACAUUCUUAAUAGUCUUAUAACUUUUUAUUUUUGUCCUCACUGGCCUCCAAGUUUUCUAGGAUGAUGCAAUGUCCAGCCAUCAACACAUUUGUAAAGGAAUUUUUACUCCCGAAAAGAGCGCCCCCCCAUGGCAGGAGAAAAAAGUCCAUUUUUUCUUGUCCCCUAAGGUGAAAAAACACAUUGUUGACUGUCACGCCUAUACGCUUUGUCAAAAUGACACAAAAUUUGACACACACGUGUAUCUCAAUAAGAUCUACGAAAAAGUCAAAGGGCACGUAUCUGUAAAAUGUACGGUUAAAGGGCUAUUUCGCAUUUUUUGCCGAUUCGCACACAUUGGAAUGUGGCUAACUCCUCCUAAGGCUUUCUUCCCACCGACACCAAAUUUGCUCAAGCCGAUCUACAUCCCAUGGCCAUUCAAAGUUGUAAAAAUCAUGGCGCUGCACCCCAUGGUUUACGUUCUAGGGGGCGCCAAAGAUGACCCAAAUAUCCACAUUCUUAAAAGAAUCCACAUCCCCCCCCCCCCCCAAGGCAGGAGAAAAAGUCCAGUUAACCCUGCCCAUCGCUCAAUGGCUCAAUAGCAUCGCUCUCCUGGCAACACCGUAAGGAGGAGCAACUUGCCAUUUGGAUAUAUCCUAGCUGUGUUUGUGCCCUCACUCAUGGUCCAGACUUUUUUCAAAUAGGACAUGUAGUUUGUCUGCAGCGACCGUUUUGGUAGAAACUGCGCCUCCCAUUCAUUAUAAUGGGAAAUGACCACAGACAAGUGCGCACACCAUCUUUGGACCUUGAGUGUGACGCGAUCGGGAGGGGGAGGCGGUCGCGCUGGGGGCGGCGCGACGCGGCUCGGGCCCGACAGUGCCCCACCGGGGCCCUAGUUGGACCUUGAGUGUGAUGCGAUCGGGAGGGAGAGGCGGUCGUGUUGAGGGCGGCGCGACACAGCUCGGGCCCGCCAGUGCCCCAACGGGGCCCUAGUCUUCUUCUUAUUAUUAUUUUUCUGCCACUUUGAACUGGAAAAUGGCCCACUUCCCACUGGUGAAAACUCAUGAAAUUUGGCAGGACGACUGGGCCUGGUGAAAAAUUCGAUAUUCUGGAGUUGCCCAAACAAUAAAAUGCAAAAUGGCUCCAUAGCGCCCCCUAAUGUGAAAAAUUCACAUGAUUGAGUGUCAUGCCUGUACGCUUUGUCAAAAUGACACAAAAUUUGACACACACGUGUAUCUCAAUAAGAUCUACAAAAAAGUCAGCGCGGGCGUACCUGUCAAAUGUACAGUUAAAGGGCUAUUUCGCAUUUUUUGCCGAUCCGCACACAUUGGAAUUUCGCUAACUCCUCCGAAGGCUUUCGUUCCACCGGCACCACAUUUGCUCAGGCCAAUCUACACCCCAUGGCCAUUAAAAAUCAUACAAAUCAUGACGCUGCACCCCACGGUUUAGGUUCUAGGGGCGCCAGAGAUAACCCAAAAAUCCACAUUCUUAAAAGUCUUAUAACUUUUUAUUUUUGUCCUCACUGGCCUCCAAGUUUUCUAGGAUGAUGCAAUGUCCAGCCAUCAACACAUUUGUGAAGGAAUUUUUACUCCCCAAAAGAGCGCCCCCCCAUGGCAGGAGAAAAAAGUCCAUUUUUUCUUGUCCCAUAAGGUGAAAAUACAUAUUGUUGAGUGUCACGCCUGUACGCUUUGUCAUAUUGAAACAAAAUUUGACAAUCACGUGUAUCUCAAUAAGAUCUACGAUAAAGUCAAUGCGCACGUAUCUGUAAAAUGUACGGUUAAAGGGCUAUUAUGCUUUUGGGUCGAUUCGCACACAUUGGAAUGUGGCUAACUCCUCCUAAGGCUUUCAUUCCACCGGCACCAAAUUUGCUCAGGCCAAUCUACACCCCAUGGCCAUUAAAAGUUGUACAAAUCAUGAUGCUGCACCCCACGGUUUAUGUUCUAGGGGGCGCCAAAGAUAACCCAAAAAUCCACAUUCUUAAAAGUCUUAUAACUUAUUAUUUUUGUCCUCACUGGCUUCCAAGUUUUCUAGGAUGAUGCAAUGUCUAGCCAUCAACACAUUUGUGAAGGAAUUUUUACUCCCUAAAAGAGUGCCCCCCCAUGGCAGGAGAAAAAGUCAAGUUUUUCCUGCCCAUAGCUCAAUGGCUCAAACACAUCGCCCUCUCGGCAAAACCGAAAGGAGUAACAACUUGCCAUUUGGAUAUAUCCUAGCUGUGUUUGUGCCCUCACUCAUGGUCCAGACUUUUUUCAAAUAGGACAUGGAGUUUGUCUGCAGCGAGCGUUUUGGUAGAAACUGCUCCUCCCAUUCAUUAUAAUGGUAAAUGACCACAGACAAGUGCGCACACCAUCUUUGGACCUUGAGUGUGAUGCGUUCGGGAGGGAGAGGCGGUCGUGUUGGGGGCGGCACGACACAGCUCGGGCCCGCCAGUGCCCCAACGGGGCCCUAGUUUCAACUUGGGGUCCAACAUAAGUGUCACUGAUUCCUUAGGGUUGGGUCAAACACAGGGGCAGGGCUUACAUUUUGAAAUGUUGUAGGACAGGGGUGGGCAGCCAUGUGCCAUGGAGAGCCGAGAGGCUGCAGGUUUUCUUUCCAACCCAAAACUCCACCAGGUGAUUUCACUGAUUAGUCCCUGCUCUCUGCUUGGAGGUAAGGUAAUCAGUGAAAUCACCUGGUGGAGUUUUGUAGUGGAGUUUUCACCUGGCCCUUUUUGUUCGUCUUGGGGUCCAACAUUAGAAUCCUUGAUUCAUAGGCUGUGUCCUGUUUCCGAGACCGCAUCGUCGAUAGGCGCAUUUGAAGUGUGCUUGAUGUCAUCACGCAGCGCGAACGGUGUCCCAUUUGGCACUAAAUGCUAAAGAAUGCUAAGCGCGCUCAGAGGAGACUUGUUAAAAUUAGGGCCAUGAAGCAUUUGAAGGAACUGUGCUUCAGUAUAGGUUUCACAAACAAGGAUAUACUUCAUCCUCUAGCACAUCAGCAUCACAUUGUCAUAAGUAUAAAGACUUAGAAUAUAUAAGAAUAUAUGAGAAAUACUUCUCUUCCACAGGGAAAAAAAAUGGUGUACUUGAAGAAAAUCACUGCUUUUAUUGAGGCAGAAAUGAAUGUGCUGAGAAUAUAUCCGUUUAUGCAGUUUAUGAAUGACAUUGGGCUUUAAUUUAUGAUAGGAAUCCAUAUACUCAUAAUAGGGUGUUGGUGUCUCUGCAGGUAUAGGCUACCGCCGGUGUCAGAGACGUGGUGCUCGUCGGAGCUUGACUCCCUCUGGAUCUCAAAUGUUGAUCAUCAGUUGGAUUGUUUCUUUAGAAAUCACAAAAACUCUCUGAAUGACCCGCUGAUUCAUCCACCGAUAACCCUGCAGAUGACCAGCUUCAGUCAUUUCCCCCUCCACAAAAGCAGCUUUAUGACUUUAUUUACUUUAUGACUUUAUUCUCCUAAAUUUACAACUUUAAUCUCUAAAUCUUAAAAGAAAAAAAAACUCAGUGUUGUCCUGAUACUCUGCUGUAGUUUUGUCAGCUUUCUUAUUUCUAAUGUUUUUGAUUGUUGUAGCAUAGCGGAUCAGUUGUCUCUAAAUACUGUAAUGUUUGGUUUGAAGAUUUUAGUGAGUUCAGAGAUCAUGCUCUCAUACAGUCUGAGCUGACUGUCUGCUGUUUUUGGAUUUGUUGCAUUUUCUUUAAAUAUGCGCUGCGUCUCCAAAUGAGUCCAGCCUCUCACCUGAAAUGCGCAGCUGUGCAGCGGCACACAAAGAAUUCUGUGCAUAAAUGCACGCUUGAAAAAAAGGCGGGGGCAGUGUGGUUUAGAGACAGAAUUUGAAGCAUGCUUAGCAUUUUGUGCCAAACGGGACACCGUUUGUGCCGCGUGAUGACCUCACGCACGCUUCAAAUGUGCCGUUCGACGGUUGUGGUCUCGACACAGGGACACAGUAAGGGUACAUAACGGCACAUAACGGCAGUGCACUCAGCUAAGUGCGCUUAAGCGCGCUUAUCCCGAUGCGGUCUCUGAAAUGAGACACAGCCAAAGGUUUGGGUUACACACAGCAGUGAGGUUCACAUUUUGAAAUUUUGUAGGGUGCGCUAUGGAGCCAUUUUUGGUUGGAUCUCCAUUUUGAUAUUGGAGCCCUCAAAAGGAUGCCACAUAAAAUCUGUGUAUCUGUCCAGAUUUUAUGUGGCUGUGUAUCUGUAACAAUAUUACAAAUUGCUAUCUGGAGACAUUUCAUAGCACCACUAAGGCACAGUUUAAUGAAACAAGGUGCUGAUUUUCUAGGCUAUCUGGUAUCUCAUCAGGUAUGUCCUGAUCAAAUCUCAGCUGCGUCCUAGCAUAAAGAGAGUUACAGGCCAUUAACCGAAAAACACAUUCCUCUCUGCCAACUGGUGGUGCUACACCAUACGGAUUUAAGUUUAAUGUCAAACUGUCUGCUGCUGGAGUGAUAUCAAAUGACUAAAAUUCUGUGGAGGUGGAACCACUGUAAGUGGAAGUUAUACAGGAAAUAAUUUUAAUAAUUCCUGCAAUUGCAAAAGGGCUCUUGCUAUGCUGGAGCUAAGAAAUACCCCCCCCAAAAAAAAAUAAAUAAAUAAAUAAAUAAAUAAAAAUAAAAAUCUGUGAUAUUGGUAAAGAUAUACACAGCUAAAUAAAUUUAGGUACACGGAUCAGGAGGGAUAUCCUUUUGAGGGCUUCAAUGUCAAAAUGAAGAUCCAACCAAAAACGGCUCCAUAGCGCCCUCUGUAAAAUUUCAAAAUGUAAGCAUCACUGCUGUGUGUGACCCAAAACUAUUUAUGGACACUUAUGUUGGACCCCAAGAUGAACAAAAAGGGCUCCAAUGUCAAGAUGGAGAUCCAACUGAAAAUGGCUCUAUAGCGCCACCUACAAAAUUUCAAAUUUGGUAGGGGGCACUAUGGAGCCAUUCUUGGUCGGACAUUGGAGCCCUAUUUUUUGAUCUUGGGGUCCAACAUAAAUGUCACUGAUUCCAAAAAGGUUUUUGUCUCACACAGGAGCUGGGCUUAGAUUUUGAAAUUUUAUAGAGGGCGCUAUGGAGCCGUUUUUGGUUGGAUCUUCAUUUUGACAUUGAAGCCCUCAAAAGGAUCCCUGGAACAUACCUUAAAAAACUUGUGGAAUGAAGCCUGGUAUAUGCCAAGCUGUUGUUAAAGCCAGAGGAGGUAACUUUAAAGAAAGCAAAUCUAAGCAAGAAAAACUCAGAUACCUAAUAAUUAUAGUCAAAAUGUCUUCUGAUCAGUUACUCUUUACACAAUAGUCAAGUUUAUUGUGUUGCAAAUUAUGUAUAUGAAACUAUGAUCUUUUUUUGUACAAAUCUGAUCUUGCCUCCAAACAUUUGGCCUGUAGUAUACUUUUGAUUUAUACAUACAAAAUAACAUUUAUAUGGUCAUAUAGCUCCAAAUGGGCCCAGUCCUCACGGGCUUAAAAGAAACUUAGAACAAAAAUACAGGCGCCUUAGAACAAUAACACACACACAAAAAGAGAAAAAUAUUGCAAGUGAUGCUCCUAAUUGCUCUGGACAGGAUUAAAUUUCUACUUUUUUUGUCAUCAAGCUGUACUGUCUGCUUUUCUUUUAAACGGAACUAUCAAUGACUUGACUGUGAGUGAAAUGGUCAAGCUGAUCCCUCUCAACAGCCAAAAUUGUUAAGUGUGGCAGCCUCUCUUGCGUCAUUGUGGACCAAUGCCACAUAUGCAGCCACCUCAAAACAGUGAAAGAUCUCUCACAGCUACAACUAUUUAUAGGUAUAGUGAGAGCGAUCUUAAGAAUCUGAGAGAGGGAUAGAAACAUUACUGGAUCUAGAGCUCUGUACACUGACUGAAUGUUAUUCAAUCUGAGCAUCUCUCUUUGGCAGUUUAGGUAGUUCUUUGCCACAAGAACCUCCUUGGAUUUCAGCUCAUCUUGUGAUAAGCAGCCACACCAGAAAGGUGCUCCUCAGCCAGAAAGUUAUCUGACUGUGGAUCACAAGCCUGAAUACCCUCUAGAAUGUGAAUGUUUACAGAAAAGAAGUGCUGGUUCAUUUCUGCCAUCAUCCUGUCUAAACAAGGAAGGUACAGAUUUUUCUUUAAAUUUUCAGAGUCACUGAUCUCACUUACAACUCAACAGCCAGACUCCACUACAUAAUUUUCCACGUGUUUCUGCUUCUGCCUAUGUCUGCGAGUGCCACAUGGUUCAGGAAUCUGAUUUGCUGCACAGAGGGUCUUCACUUUAUCAUAAAUUUCAGCAGCCUUCUCAUCAGUGCGCAUCUCUCUCACAGUAUCACACACAGCUGCCUUAAACUCAGCAGCCCUGGCCAAAUCUAUCGACUCACUUUGCAGGUAUUUUUGAAGGUUAUCAGUUGCAGACAACAGCACCUUAAAUACCAUAAGCAGGUAAACAGUCAAAAACCGGCUGAGUUUAACAUGCAGUCCCACUGCAGUGCAGUUUUAAGCUAGAGAUGCACUGGAUAACUGCAGGAAAGUUUUCCAGCAUUGCAUUGACAGAGCACAGCUGGCAUGACCACUGUGUUUUUGACAGCUGCACCAGUUCAGUAGGUUGCAAGCCCAACUUGGUCUGAACAUCUUUGAACUUAUGAUGGUUCACUAAUGAUGUGCUGAAAGUUGUGUGCACACACUGCAGUAUGUCGAACAACUGACUGGCCUCUGGUAUAGCAUGGCAAGUGUGUCAAAGGACUAGAUUUAAUUGAUGGGAGUAACAAUGUACAUAAAUUGCCUCUGGAUGAUUAACUCUGAACCUUGCCUGUACACCUUCAAUAGCACCACUCAUAACAGAAGCCCCAUCAUAUGACUGUGCAACACACAUGGCAUUAUUGAUGCCACUGAGGGACAGCUUAUGUUCAAUUGCUAAUGUGAUGUUUUCUGCAUUAAACUCUUUAAGUUCUGUCAGCGCCAGCAGACACUCUUUAACGCCACUUUUCAUUCACAAAGCAGGCACAUACAGCUAGUUGUUCUCUGUUGCCAUCUCUGGCUUCAUCUGCCAUAAUUGCAUACUUGCCAGCCUGUUUGAUUUCACUUGCUAUAGACACCGACACCUCCUCAGCACAGCACUCUAUUGUUUCAUUUUUAAAUGAACAAAUAUGUGCUGUGUGAUGGGGCUGUGUAAGACCACAGGAAGGGGUCGCAUUCCUUCACCAGUGUUAUGUGUACAAAAGGUCAGGACCCAAUAUUGCGGAGACAAAAUCACCAAAGGUUUAUUAACAAAAACAUCAACAAGAAAAAACAACAUAAAAUCACCACACUGGGUAAAAAGGCUCGGGAGGCAUGGACAGCUACUGAAAAUGAAGAAAAACAAGAGUCAGGAAAAAUUACAGAAAAACUCAAACAACCUCUGACACUAAAAGUACAACUCAAAUAUACCAUGUGGAGCAAGUAACAAAGGAAUAGAAAGUCAACUAGAAAGUUCAACAGAAAACAAAAGAUAAACUGAAAAUCACCUCAGAAAUAUGCGAGGGAAAAAACUAGAACUAUAAAGUACAAACAAAGUGACAAACUAACAAAAGACGCAGAGGCACACAGGAACACAGUGAUUCGGCUCGAAAAGAAGACUGAGAUAAUCAUCCGUCAAAGAGCAGGACGGGAAUCUGGGUUUUAAAGGCCAGCUGAUGAGCACAAUGAGGUGCAGGUGUGUUCCUGAUCAGCCAAGCCAGCUCCGCCCCUGCCAUGCUCCAAUGCUGCAGGAAGAGAAAGAGAGAGAGCACACAGACGACCAAAACACAAGGAUACAGCCCUGGAUCAUGACAGUAUCCCCCCCCCCCCAAACGACCACCACCUGGCGUUCUACCUGGUUUACCUGGGUGUGCAGCAUUGAAGUCCUGCAGCAGCUGUGGAUCAAGGGUGAGGGAACACGAGAUCCAGGAGCACUCCUCGGGACCGUACCCCUCCCAGUCCACCAAAUACUGAAAACCUCGGCCUCUGCGGACAUCAAGGACCGGAUUAACGAUGGUGCUGGAGUCUGGAGAGGACUGUUGGUGACCGGCUUUAGGAGAGACACAUGAAACACUGGGUUAGUGGUGGGUCGGUCAAGAACAAACGGAUCAAAAGAACUAGUUCUUCACUAUCUCUGUGCUUGUGUGGCAAAAUGGAGGGUUCAACAAUUAAAUUUUUGUUGCCGAGCAACACCACCUGGGGAGUUUCACCCCAGGAAAUAAACCAAACCCUUACAAUCUCAAGGUCACACAGAUCCGUUACACCACAAAAAUAGGGAAGACGAGAGACGGACUUCCAAAAAGAAUAAAACAAUUUUAUUUAUUACAACUUUUGUUUUUAAAAGAGCAGAAAUAUGAAUAGUAAUCCUCGGAGUGCUAAUAAACAAUAAAUGCAAUAGAUAAACAAAACGGGAACCAGGAGACUUGGUAACAAACAGACUAAAAUAAAAAGGAAAAAUUCAAAACCAAAGAAAACCACUGCAAACCAAGGAAAAUCACUACAAACCAAAGAAAAUCCUUCAAACCAAACAACCACGUGCCACGGCAACUAAAGGGAGUAAAGGGGAAGGCCACCACCGGGGAAGUCUGUCACCAGCUCCUGAAAAAGAAAGAAGAAAAUCAAUACUACGGUUGGUCACUCCAAAAAGGCAAAAUGUAGUACUGUUAAAAAAUGGGUUAAAUGACCUAUUCUAAAAACACACACACACAACACGCCCGCACACACACACAUACACACACACACACACACACACACACACACACACACACACACACACACACACACAGCCAUGAAAAAAAAAGAAUAAACCUAACUUAAUAUCUGAAACAUUUGUAGUUCGUUAUCCAAUUAAUAUGUAAAGUAUUAAUAUGAAAAAAAAAACAAAAAAACAAAUGUAACAUGAACCUCAGCUGUGGGAGGAACCCGGGGUAGGGACAAAGCCCAACAGCUGAUAAAUUAAAGGAAACUAAACAAAAGAAAAUGUUUCAAAAAAAGAAAAAAACUUCCGCCAAAUAAUAACCAAACCCAACUAAACAAACUAAAAAGUUUCACCCGAUAGCCUAUACGCUAAACAAACCAAAUAAGCCAAAGAAAAGAAAUAAUUAAAGGGGACCUGCCAUCAAAAAUGUAAUUUUGUGGGGUUUUGUGUCAGAUAAGGUCCAUAUUAUGUUCGUCUUAUGUUGUAAAUGUGAAAACAAACCGUUACGUCGUUUGCAUUCUGUAAAGGUUUAAAAUAAAGGAACGGGUAAACCAGGCCAAUUGAAAAAGCAGGUCCUUUUGACGUCACACUGACCUUGCUCAUUAUUAUUCACGAGCUCGUCCUCGGUGAGCUGCGCCCACUCUCUCGUUCUCGUACUCAUUCACAGUCAACAUGGAAACGCCCAUCAGAGCUGUCCUGCCUGCUGAUCUCCAACCCCUCACUUUCUCCACCACAGAUGUGCAUGCAGCACUGAGCAGGACCAACCCACGCAAGGCAGCUGGGCCUGAUGGCAUCCCUGGUCGGGUGCUCAUGAACUGUGCUGACCAGCUGACGGAAGUGCUCACAGACAUUUUCAACCUGUCCCUAGCCCAAGCUGUUGUCCCGGCGUGUCUCAAGUCCACCUGUAUCGUCCCUGUGCCGAAACACUCCUCUGCAAAGAGCCACAACGACUUCCGCCCUGUCGCUCUCACUUCUACCAUCAUGAAGUGUUUUCAGAGGCUGGUUCUGGCUCACCUCAAAUCUGGCCUCUAUUGCCAACAACAACCUGAUAUUGAACACCGACAAGACCAAAGAGGUCAUCGUGGACUUCAGGAGGACUAGGACUUUCACUCACGCUCCUAUCCACAUCGACAGAGCAGAGGUCGAACGGGUCUCCAGCUUCAAAUUCCUGGGCGUACAGAUCUCUGAGGACCUCUCCUGGGGCCUCAUGUAUCAACGCUGGCGGCGCCAGAAAACCUUGCGUUCGCCAAGAUCGGCGCACACGUCCAGAUUUAUCAUCGCGACACUAGCGUCGGUUCCAGCGCAAAUCCAUGCAAAGUGAGGAGGUGGUGUAGAAGUUGGCGUUGAGCCGAUACUUGCAUUGACGGCACUUUGGCGACGCUGUAUGGCGGUGUUUGGUGACUCACUAUGUGACAAGCGUGCACCACAUCCCGGUGGCCGAGCAGCACGUCGCCCCACAUGACGAACCAGCAGCAGACGGAGGGCUGCGAGCUGAUCCCUGCCGGGCCGCCGUCCUCGCGUGGGAGAAUCUCAUCGCCACAGUGCGAAUGGGUAAUGGGUAAGUGAAUACACAGUUCAAUGAGCCAAAUUAAUUUAUUUUCGCCACCAGACGCUCGAGGACAUUUACGAACCGGUCCAGCCGCUCGUUGAUCCCCGCGAUCCCCCUGAUGAUUUCUUCCAGCGAUUGCAGGACCGCCUCCGUGAGGACCCUUCCACUGCGUCCCGGUGGUCCAGCGGAAGCGCCGCGGCUGGUGGACGCUCCACCGCUUGUCGGCGCGCUGGUGCUGGUGCUGGUGCUGGUGCUGGUGCUGGGGCCGGGGGCCGGGGUGGCCCGAAUGCCGCUGGUCCUAGCCGACGACUCCGAGCCGGCGGACGGGCUGCUGCAGGCCGGGGUUCCGCAAGCCGGCGACACGGCCGACACAUUGAUUCCUGUGACACAAUAAAAAUAUUGGUUCAUUUCAAUUCCUGCCUCUGUGUAUCUGUUGUGUUUACAUCUAUGGCAAAGCAUGAAGACAUUUGUGUGACAUGCCACUUACCCUCCGGCAGGCUGUCUGAGUCGCCGCGGGUAGCGGCGACAAUCCCCCCCACAGAAGGCGCCCCCCAUAAUCGCCACCACCCGCUGCUCAAACGGCGCGAGGGUCUCCUCACCCGGACCCCCACCUGUCUGGCCGGUACUCCUCCGGAGGGCAGCUGUACGCUGCUUGACCUCCACCUUGAUGUCCGACCACUUUUUUAAUCUCCGCGGGGGUGCGUGUCUCGGAACCCACCGCGUUCACCCUCUCGCAAACUUUCUCCCACUCCAAGUGUUUUCGUUUUGCACUGACGCCACUGGACAGGCUGCCAAAUAAAACACGCUGUCGCUCCUCCACCUCCGCCACCAGCACCUCCACCUUGCACGCCGUAAAUUUCGUUUUUCUUGUCAUUUUGUCUGCGUGCGAGGACAGGGAGACACUAUUUAAAUAAAUCUGCAUAUUUAUAGGUGGGCGGAACGGGGGCGGGCCCGGUCACUCCGACAUCUGCGCUCAAUUCCAAGCUGAUUGGGAUUAAUCAAAGAAACACACGUGGCUUUCGGCACCCGCACACCUUGAUACACACAAAUUUUUUUCAGCGUGACGGACCUUGCGUGCGCUCGUUUCCGGUAUGAGUCCCACGCAAGUGUUGAUACAUGAGGCCCCUGGACCCUCAACACCUCGUCCCUGGUCAAGAAGGCCCAUCAGCGUCUCUUCUUUCUGAGGAGAUUGAGGAAAGUCCAUCUAUCUCCUCAGAUACUGGGGAACUUCUAUCGCUGUGCCAUUGAGAGCAUCCUCACAUACUGCAUCAUGGUCUGGUAUGGAAACUGUACUGCCUCUGACCGAAAGGCACUGCAGAGGGUGGUGAAAACUGCCCAACACAUCACUGGAACAUCUCUCCCUGUCAUUAAGACCAUCUAUGACAGUCGGUGCCUGAGGAAGGCUCACAGCAUCAUCAAAGACCCCUCUCAUCCCAACCACGGACUGUUCACCCUCCUCCCCUCUGGGAGAAGAUACUGGAAUCUAGCUUCCAAGUCAAGCAGACUCAGGAACAGUUUUUUCCCCUCCACCGUCAUCUCCCUAAACUCCUCAUCCACUCCUCUUCCCCCUCCAGUAAUAGCCCCCCCUCCCUUUCCACCCAUCCACGUUCCUGCUGUAUCUUGUGACUGUAUAACUCAUCCUGUGGACAUGUGCAACAUGGUCACUGGACCUGGACCUUAGUCUAGCACUUCUGUGCAAUAUGGGCUACGUGCAAUAUUAAUCUGACAGUAUUGAAUGCAUUUAUUUAUUAUUUAUCGCUAUAAUACACAUAAUUAUUUAUUAAAUUUCUAGCACUGACAUGUUUACUUUGCACUCUGGUGAGAUGCGAAAAUACUUUUCGCUGUACAGUACUUGUACUGUACAUUGACAAUAAAUUGAAUCUCAUCUCAUCUCAUCACUCUCCAGCCAGAGCGAGACCCAGCUACCACUGUAUCCGCUAUGGGUCUCUUCCAAACAACUGGUGUUUCCUUGGGUUCACUGCCGGGAAAAUGAACUUAAAGCUGGGCAAAAUGAAUGAGAAAACACCGCUGGAGAUCUCUGGCUUCUUCUUCAACUUCCACCUCCUCUUCGGACUCUGGGUCUAAAAUAUAUGGUUUAAUACCUGCCAUUUUUAGCCUUUAGCAUAAGGUGACCAGACGUCCCCGAUUUCCGGGGACAGUCCCCAUAUUGGAUGACCUGUCCCUGGCAAAAGCUGACCCCGAAAAUGUCCCCGAUUUAAGCGUUUCAUGAAUGAGAGCAAAAAUGUUGCGUGUGGGCUCGAACAACGGUUACUACAGUAGCCGAAUAGGUAGGAAGCACAAGCAGUCCUGAACAACAGUUCUUACGGGGGUUAUUACAAGGGGCAUGCGCUGCUACUAAAUAGUACCGAGAUUUUGUCUGUGAUCACGUAGCCCCUGCAGCCCCUGCACCCUCCCUGCCGCCGCCGCCGCACCGAAUAUCCCCGGAUAUCAUUAAAGACAUCUGGGCACCUUACUUUAGCACACAUUAGCAAAAUGGAUAAACCGAAAUCCGAACCUCCACUGCUGAGCCAAUCAGAGCACAGCAGGCUUCACAGCAGCGAUCCAAUCAGAGCAAAGCUCAUUACCAUAAAUGUUAAUGAGCCAAAAUCAAUUGGUUUUCCUGUAAGGUUUUUUAGGCAUACUAAAACAAACCAUCAAAUAACUUUUCAGCUAAAAUUAUGUCGCAAACAUGAUCAGAGGACAUCAAGGAUUAUGAAAAAAAGAUAAAAAUGGGUAUGAAAUUUUGAUGGCAGGUCCUCUUUAAACUCAGAAAUAGGUUGUGUUGGGGCAUAAACCAGUUCUUUGUGUGGUAUGGGAUUCCAAAGAAGCAGCAGAGAAACCGAGCAGCCGCACUGUGGCUGGAGGCUGAGGGAAGCAGUCCUUUAGGAUGCCCAGCUGGCGACCAACGUAGUGGGCAGAAGUGGAGCCUCGCACAGAGCGCUGAGGAGAGGAGAGCCACAGAGGAGAGCCACAAUCUGUGGCUUCAGCAGCUACAGAGAAAGUAGGGCAGGUUACCAUGCAGCAAAUAAACAACUAAAAAAAAACACAACCAAGCAGCCAGCCUACCAGAGCGAAGUAAGCUUUACGCUCAGGCCAAACCAGUCACCGUCUUUUAGAUGAUGAUGAUGAUGGAGAGCCAACACCACACUUAAAGCACCUCUUGUACAUCCACGCCAUCAGUCACCAUGGAGGGCCACCAAAACCGUUGCUGCCCGGGAUGGCAGGCAAGUUGUGAAGUGUGCCCCCACAGAAGCACAGCAGAUCUGGCCGAUGGAGGAACGAAUAGGUAUCCCGCCGGGCAGCUGUCUGGGACAGGUUGAUCUUUGAGGGCGUCCUGGCCCUCCUGCUCCACCUGCCAGUGGACCACCCCAACCACACAUGAGGAAGGAAGGAUCCCAAGGAAAGAGACAGUUGACACAUGAAAUUCACAUUUCUCGGCUUUGGCAGAUAACUUAUUUUCUAACAGUGUUUUGAGUACUGCACGGACAUGUUCUACAUGUUCUUCCCAAGAAAGUGAGAAAAUCAGUAUGUCGUCUAAAUAGAUGAACACAUUUGUUUAGCAUAUCAUGUAAGACAUCAUUUACCAAACAUUGAAACACUGCAGGUGCAUUGGUUAACCCAAAAGGCAUGACCAUGUACUCAAAAUGUCCCAAAUGUGUAUUAAACGCCGUCUUCCACUCAUCCCCUUCCUUUAUUCUCACCAAGUGGUAGGGUUGCGUAGGUCCAGCUUCGUGAAGAAUGUUGUGUCACGAAGAGGGCUGAAUGCAGAGUCAAUCAGAGGCAGGGGGUAUUUAUUACCUCCGCCAAGGAGGUUAUGUUUUUGGUAGCGUUGGUUUGUUUUACCUCCGACAAGGAGGUUGUGUUUUCGGUAGCGUUGGUUGGUUUGUUGGUUGGUUUGUUUGUUUGUCUGUUAGCAACUUUACGGAGAAAGUUACAGACGGAUUGACCUGAGAUUUUCACCAGAGAUGCGUCUCAGCUCCAGGAGGAUCCCAUUACAUUUUAGUGGUGAUCCGGAUCGUCUUCUGGAUCCAGGAAUUUUUUGAAGGAUUCUUUAUCAUUGUGAGAUAGGGCACAUUUUGAAAUUUUUGCAUUUAACUCGAUAAAAAUGGCCACAGUCUUUAGUAAAAAAUUACACAAAAGGAUCUCAAUGAGUUUUAUGAGGAGUCAAAGGUUGAUCCUGAUCCAGACAAAAUUCCGGAUACUGUGAUCCAAAAUACACAAAAAUAAGGGUGUCAUUGGAAUUUUCAAUGCUGAAAGAUAACAAAUGGGAGGCAUACUAGUGGAAAUAAGCGGCACAGUGGUGUAGUUGUUACCUCUGUUGCCUCACAACCAGAAGGUCCUGGGAUCAAAUCCCGGUUAGGGCAUUUCUUGUUUUAGGAAUAUUAUGAACAGUGAACAUACCAGUUUAAACACAAAUAAAUGUUGAUAAAAGACACAUAACAGUAAAAGUUUUGGUGUGAAUCACAAUAUAAGGGGGGACAUGAGCUGCUUGGCGGAGGUCUGCGCUCUCCGAGUGCUUUUCCAGUUUUUAACUGUUAUAUCAUUUAACCCUGUGUAGUCGAUGCAGGGGCGCAGGGAGCCAUCCUUUUUCCCUACAAAGAAGAAGCCCGCCCCUACUGGAGAAGAGAAUGGCCAAAUGAGUCCAGCAGCUAGAGAGUCAUUAAUAUAGCUUUCAAUAGUUUCUCAUCAGGCUUGGUCAAGUUAUACAGUUUUCGGUAACGGAGCUCCAGGCAGGAGCUCUAUGCUACAAUCAUAGGGGAGGUGCGGAGGGAGUGAACAAGCUGAGUCUUUGCUGAAAACGUCUUUUAAAUCAUGGUAUUCUGCUGGGACAUUACUCAAGUCUAUAGUUUCAACAGGGGGCGCAGACUGAGAGGAGCAGGCUGGCAAUGCAGAGUGAAGGCAGUGGGCGUGGCAAUAAGUACUCCAACUGGGGAUAGUAGAUGUGGACCAGUCAAUAUGUGGGUCAUGUAACUUUAACCAUGGGAGCCCAAAAUGACUGGAGUAAGUGGAGAUGAGAUGACAAAGAAUUCAAUGUUCUCAUGAUGGUUGCCAGAGAGGGUCAGUUUCAAAGGAACGGUUCUGUGUGUCACUGUGUUGAUAAGUCUGCCGUAAAUUGCCAGCACCUCCUUAGUGGAAGUCAAUGAGCUGAGAGUCAGGUGUUUGUUUUUCACAAAAGAUUCAUCCAUGAAAUUCUUGUCUGCUCCUGAGUCUAUUAACACCUGCAUGGCAUGCGUUUGGUGGGGUUCGUGCAGCAGGAUUAUCUACUGGCGAGCCUGACCUUUUGGCAGUUCUGAGCAGGAGGCAAUGAGGUGACCUUUACAUCCACAGUGUAAACACAGCUUCUUCCUCAUACCUUGCUGCCAUUCCUCGGGAGUCAGGCAGGCCCGCCCUAGUUGCAUGGGCUCGUCAAUCUGCAGGGAGCAGGAUUGGUGAUCGGGAGCGAUGGUUGUGUUGACGUCGGGCGUGGAGGCAUGGUUACCAGAACUGGGGCCACUGGAAACUGGGGCACGUCGGUUCUGAUUCACUCUCCUCUCCCUCCCCUCUCUCUCAGCCUAUUGUCUAUGUGUGAAACAACGAAUUUUGCCAUACGCAUCAUCCACGGUGCAUUCAAAUGUGAGGAGAGGAGGUGAUGUGAGUGGUAAAAAAUUGUCUCAGUUGUGUCAAACCAACUCCAUGCCUUCUCUCCUUCUUCUUUCCUAUUUGGUUGUGGCGCCCAGUAGCAAAUGAGGGCGCUGAAGGCAGAGCCCUGCCUGAGCUGCAUGAGCUAGCCUGAGCAAAAAGAGAUGUCUGUUGUCUUCCUGAAAAUCAUUAUCAAAAUGAGGAAAUUGUGCUAUCAUAUUUAUCAUUCAAUUAAAUGUAUAUUUCAGUCCGUUAGCAAUCUCUACACCCAGUGUAGUUGUAUCACAGUUGUGCAUUAAUGUUAGGGGCGCUAUGGGCCCGUGCCCAAGCUUUCUGCACUCUACAGCAUGCUCAGAUCACAGUUCUGCAUUAAAAAGUUUGCUUAUCCUAGCCAAAUUAAAAAAAAUUCUUAAGGGGCGACAGGGACCAGCGCCCAAGCGUCUCUAAUUUAAAUGAUGUACUCACGUUCAUAACCAGAUUGGUUACAAAUGGACGCAUAGCUACAACAUGCGUCUGACGUAGCUAGCUGCUCUACUGGGAGCUGGUCGGCCCCUCAAGCUGAAAAAUUACAGGAUCCAUCUUGAGCGCGUUCCAUAUUUGCUCUGUAGAGCAGCAUUGGGUAUUGCAUACAGGAUGCGGAUUUGGAGGGUAGCAGCAGGGUAGUGCAGCCCCGGUCAGCUGGGCACAGUAUAGAGGAAACAACAUGCUCACAACAGGUUGUUUUGCCUUUCUAUUUCCUGUCUAUUGUGUAUUUCCUGCUAAUUUGGAUAUAAUUUAGUGACCGUUGAGCCUCUACUAUACGUGAAAAAGCAACGUGAUAUUACAAUUUCGUUUUUUGCAGGUUUACUUUUGUUUAAUCAAGUAAAUUAUGAUCCUUUAUGCUUUGCUGUUACCUUCAGACAGAGUUAGCAGUUCAAAUAGGCUGUAUUGGGACAGAGGAAAAAGUGCCUAGAAAGUGAAUCUCGUUCCACUUCAGUUGGGCAACAUAAACUGUGAUUUAUAAAAUAGCUCUAUUGAUAGUAAGUACUAAAAAAAAAAUCUACUCGUCCAUCCAGAUUUUUAGUAAUCAGUGUUUCGAUGUUGGACUAUUUCCUAUCUGCGGCGUAGUGAUACUUGCAAACGCGCAAUCGAAUAUGCAGAGGGGUGAAGCGAUUUUUGUCACGUGGACCAAUAGGAGCCGAGUCUCGUUGCCAUAGUAUCAGAAAUACACAAACAUGGCGACGAGCGCAUCUAGCAGCGAGACAAGCGAAGAGGGAAGAAAAGAAAAGGAAAAAAAGAAAACAGCCUUCAAAAGUCCAUAAAAAAGGAACGAAACGAUGCUAUAUGCAUCUAUCAUCUGUCCAGAGUGAAGACGUUCUCGACUUUAAAAGGACCCGUUGGGAAACUUACAGAACUAGUGUUAGAAAGUGGCUUUCUCUACAGGGUGAGACAAAGGACCUUGCAGAAACUUAUAAACAUUGCAUUGAUAUGGACUUUGACAAUGUUCCUGAUGACGCUGGGUUUCACAUGACAUGCUACCAGCGAUUUAUUUGCAAAAGGCGUUUGAGAAACAAGACGGGUCAGUCGAACCCCUCAGCCAGCAUCGCCAAUGCAUCCACGUCCACGGCAUCUGAAACUCCGCGAAAGAAGCUUCACUCGAGGUCAUAGGCUGUAUUGGGACAAAGGAAAAAGUGCCUAGAAAGUGAAUUUCGUUCAACUACGCUGGUGCUACUUGUUCAAUGCAUUUUUGCAUAGACAAUACCAUUCUGGACUCGUCCACCUUCGGGGAUUAAUAAAGUUCUUCUUACUCUUAUCUUUAGCAGCGCUGCUCUUGAUUCGAUGCUGCGAUGGAGCUGAUGAGCGUCCUGUAUGCUUUGCUGCAUUGAUUAGAAUGGCAACAUAUUUGCCGUGUAAUACGCUAUGCUGCUGCCACGCUCCAAAUACACAUCCUGUAUGUUUUAGCCUUCACUCUGCACUUGGCUGCUAAUGACAGAAGAUGUGGGAAUGACUACUGCAAACCCCCUACCAAGUGAUUUACCGGAGAACGCUGUGCUGUCCAUCAAGCAAGUCACACUCAAGAGGAGAACUCUGCAGGACAAACUAAUGCUGAAAGAGCUUGGUCCGGAUCGACCAGAUGUCGCCACUCAGCAACUGACCACUGAGAAGGGCAAAAAAUAAACGCAGACAUUUUUAAGAGCAUGGUAUGCGUGCAAAGCAUGGCUAGCUGGAUGUCCAAAGAGUAAGGCCCUUUUUGUUUUCUGUGUAAAAUAAUGGUGACAAAAAAAAAUAAAAAAGCUGGCAAAAUAAAAUUUCAGCUACUGAAACAGUCAAUCAACAAAAUCUGUUUGUAGUAAAGUAGAGUAUAUAAAGAUUAAAGCCUAAUAUAAACCAUAAAUUUAUAAUAGUGAGACACUACAUAAAAGCCAGCCUAAAAAGAGAGCUAACAGACAAUUUUCAUGCCACAAUGUUAGAAACUAAUAUAUUUUAAAGCAGGGUGAAAAUGUCCCUGAAAAGUCCUGGACAAUUAUUUCUAGAAAAGAGUGGGAACCCUGUAUUUAUUUACCCAGUUUCAAUUAAGCUCAGCUGAAAUAUCAGAUGUAAUAGAAUUGCUCUGUAUUUAAAGCAAAUGUUUGUGUUGUUUUUCUUUGGCUGAUCAUAUUGAUAUGCAGCCUGGUUUGUGAUGAAUGUGGGUCUGCCCUUUACUAUUUUUCUGCUGUUGUCACUGUGUGCUCUUUUGAUGUAGCCUAACCUGUUGAGAUGCAAGUAAAUGUACACAAGUACGCUAUUGUCAGUUUCUAUAUCAUAGGAUUACAUUGAAUGUAGGUAGGCUGUGUGUCAGCUAUAAUGCCCUGCUCGUAAGUUGAAAUACAGUUUCCCCACCCCAUUUGCCCUUGUAGGUCAAGAUCGUAUGUUUCCUCAAUUGUUUUCUUAGAAAGCACCAGAAUGUUUCAUUUACAUUUGAAAACAAAAGAAAAUAUCCUUGGGGAGGAUACCCCCAGACCCCCCUACAGGGUUCUGGUUUCCAAACCUUCAGCCCCACCUACUACUUUUCUCACCAGCCGCCACUGUUAUUUGCACCGCUUGGAGGGGUGGAGAUGGGAAGAGGGUGUACUUGCGCAAGGCUGCACUGCUCACCAAUUUAGCAAAGUGGACUUGGGCUUGCAGAGCACGGAUUUAGAGCCCAGAGGCAGAGCUUUGAGGAGACACGUCCACCUUGUUCUCCACAUGGUCCCUUUGGAGUGCUCAUCCAUAUCUAUUAUGUGGAAUUGAAUGGAGAGACAGCCAGACAGAUAUAUUGGAGAACAAUUGGUUAGGGUUGUAAUCUUGGUUUGAAAGUAAAAAGACUACCUCCCUCCAUUAACCUUACCCAAAACCCUGUCCCAGCCACUGUAAACCAGUGAGCUCAUGCACACCUCAGCACCCGGGCUUUAAACACUUACAGGACUCAGUGCCUCCAAAAAAUGUUUUUAUUGUAGGCUGGCCUGUGGGAAUAAGUCUCAGCUGGGGAAUGUAAUGGGGUGAAGUGAAAGUCUCUUUAUUGUUCUCAACAAAUUGUGACCUUCAGCUCUCACUGGGUCCGUUUGCAACCGAGUGUGAAGUGGCUUGGAUGAGAAUCGGCACCUCCAAAUCUAAGUCCAUGGCUUUCAGCCAGAAAAAGACAGAGUGCCCUAUCCAGGUAGGAGAGGAGAUCCUGCCCCAAGUGGAGGAGUUCAAGUGUCUUGAAGGAAUGGAGCGGGAGAUCGACAGGUGGAUUGGUGCAAUGUGUCAUAACCCGGCUCUUAAGCCAUGACAUAUAUGGAAACGGAUGCAGUGUAGGGCGGGAAGUAAAGAUUUAUUUUAACAAAUUAGAGACUUAAACAAUAAUUUGUAAAUAUGGAGUGUGAUAGUCAGUGAUAUCAGUCAUGUAAGUGUGGAUGUGUGAGUAAUGAAGUGUAGGGUGUUGUGGGGUGAAAAUAAACCAAAGUCAAACCAAAGCAAAAAGCCUGAGACAGCAGUCCUGUGGCAGGGUCAGAGCAAGAGAGAGAGCCGCACUGGAGAAGGGCCUCUUAUGCUCUGUGGCAGCAUUAGGCACAGGUGCUUCAAUUAUCUGCCAUACCCACUCUCUCCCAGGUAGCCUUGCAGGGAAAACAUGAAAUGGCUCCACCAGGAUUAGUCCACCAGACCCCAGUUAGGCAGGGCCGUCACCCCCCCCCUCAAGUCGGCGUCCCAAGGAGGUCACCGACAUAACGCCGACCCACCUACAAAACACAAGUCAGAAUUACUUUUAAAAAAAAAACAAGCAAACAAACAAAAAAUAAUAAUACACCCUCCUCCUGGAUACUCCAACCGCAGCUUGGUCCACCCAACCUUGGCAACUCGGCGCCUGAGAAGCAGAUUAAGAAGAUUGGCAGAGCAGCAGCAGUUGAAUAAAACAGGAAAAGGCAGUAUAUUAAUCUCAGUUCACGCCAACUACCACUGAGGAGCACGUGACAAAGCGUCUGCAAUAAUAUUGUGUGCACCCUUAAUAUGUCUGAUGUCGAGGUCGAAGGCCUGCAAAAACAGCGCCCACCUCAUCAGCCUCUGGUUCGGACACCUUAGGGAAUGCAAAAAGGUCAGGGGAUUGUGAUCCCUGUAGACCACCAUCGGUCCUCCUCCCCCAACGUACACACUAAAAUGCUGUAGAGCCCAUAUAAGUGACAGAGCCUCCUUCUCAAUAACAGAAUAAUUACGCUGGUAAUUAUUAAACUUUUUUGAAAAGAAGCUGACUGGCCUCACCACCCCUUGAUCGUCACUCUGGAGCAAGACCGCACCUGCUCCCACAUGGCUGGCAUCUACUUGCAGUGUGAAUGCUCGAUUGAAACAAGGAGCUGCCAGAACAGGGGCAGAGCACAGGACCGACUUCACACUAUCAAAAGCUAACUGACAUUCUGAAGACCACACAAAUUUCACCUUUGCUUUAAGAAGUUCCGUGAGAGGAAACACAACGGUAAAGAAGUUCUUACAGAAACUCCUAUAAUAACCCACUAGCCCCAAGAACCUCUGAAGUUCCUUCUUUGUAGUAGGUCGUGGAUAUCUGGCUAUGGCCAUAACCUUGGCCUGGACUGGAGCUACAUGACCCUGCCCCACGACCCGGCCGAGAUAAGUCACUGUAGCCAUCGCAAAAUCACAUUUGGCCAAGUUCACCGUGAGCUGGGCUUCAGCCAAGCGUUCGAACAGCGCCCGAAUGCGCUGAAGAUGCGAGUGCCAGGUAUCACUAUAGAUGACCAAAUCAUCCAGAUAAACUGCACAACCUUGUAACCCUGCCACAACGCGAUUCAUCAAACGCUGAAACGUAGCAGGGGCGUUCUUUAACCCAAAAGGCAUCAUCUUGUAGGAAUAAAGGCCAGAUGGAGUGAUGAAUGCAGCAAUCUCCUGCGCAUGCUUAGACAACGGCACUUGCCAAUAUCCUUUAAGCAAAUCAAACUUGCUUACAAACUUCACGGACCCCACCUGAUCAAUACAGUCAUCCAUACAUGGUAAUGGAAACGAGUCAGAUUUUGUGACAGCAUUCACUUUCCGUAAAUCAGUACAAAACCGAGGUGUUCCAUCCUGUUUUGGCACUAGGAUGCACGGAGAAGCCCAACUGGAUGAUGAUGGAACAGCAAUAUUAUUUUGGAGCAUGUAUGUGACCUCCGCCUCCAAAUAAUCACGCUUACUUGGGGCCAUACGGUAAAAAUGUUGUUUAAUCGGUCGAGCAUCUCCGACAUCAAUAUCGUGUUUGAUCCAGUUAGUUUGCGAAGGGAUGUCACCAAACAAGCAAGAGUAUUUACGCACCAACUUCGACAGCUCAUCACGCUUGGACUCUGACAGAUGAGCCAGCAACUUGUCCAAGUUACCAAGUGAUUGUGAAUUGUUUAGCCUCCCAUACAACAAGCUUUCGUCAGGUUCUGGUACCCCAUCUCCAUCAUGCGCCAAACCCUCUGAAGCAACCGCAAGAGCUGGAUGCACAUCCUCCUUCCGGUGGCAACCCAAAAAGUAUCAACUUCCCGGUCAUAAUAUGGUUUUAAAAGAUUUACAUGGCAGAGACACUUGGUCUUCCUCCGUCCUGGCGUUGCAACAAAAUAGUUCAAAUCCGAGACUUUCUCUAUGACAGUAUAUGGACCUGCAAAUUUAGCCUGAAAGGGUGACCCAACUAUAGGCAUAAGUGCCAGGACCUGGGGCCUCAUGUAUCAACACUUGCGUGGAACUCAUGCCAGAAACGAGCGCACGCAAGGUCCGUCACGCUGAAAAAAAUCCGUAUGUAUCAAUGUGUUUAGACGUGAUUUAUACUUCGCCCUUAACUUCAUUUUUCGAUAACUUUUUAUGCAAUAAACAACUGUAAUGUGCAUAACUGACCUCGAAAUACUGGAUUACAUUACCUAUGAUACCAUGGAGAGAGAUGUAAACGCAACAGAUACACAGAAGCAGGAAUUGAAAUGAACAAAUAUUUUUAAUGUGUCACAGAAAUCAAUGUGUCGGCCGUGUCGCCGGCUUGCGGAACCCCGGCCCGCGGCAGCCCGUCCGCUGGCUCGGAGUCGUCGGCCAGGACCAGCGGCAUUCGGGCCACCCCGGCCCCCGGCCCCAGCACCAGCACCAGCACCAGCGCGCCGACAAGCGGUGGAGCGUCCACCAGCCGCGGCGCUUCCGCUGGACCACCCGGACGCAGUGGAAGGGUCCUCGCGGCGGGGGUCCUGCAAUCGCAGGAAGAAAUCAUCAGGGGGAUCGCGGGGAUCAACGAGCGGCUGGACCGGCUCGUAAAUGUCCUCGAGCGUCUGGUGGAGAAAAUAAAUUAAUUUGGCUCAUUGAACUGUGUAUUCACUUCUUACCCAUUCACACUGUGGCGAUGAGAUUCUCCCACGCGAGGACGGCGGCCCGGCAGGGAUCAGCUCGCAUCCCUCGGUCUGCUGCUGGUUCGUCAUGUGGGGCGACAUGCUGCUCGGCCACGGGGAUGUGGUGCACGCUUGUCACAUAGUGAGUCACCAAACACCGCCACACAGCGUCGCCAAAGUGCGAAUCACAGUCAACGCAAGUAUCGGCUCAACGCCAAUUUCUACACCACCUCCUGACUUUGCGUUGAUUAGCGCUGGAACCGACGCUCGUUUCGCGAUGAUAAAUCUGGACGUGUGCGCCGAUUUUGGCGUACGCAAGGUUUUCUUGCGCCGCAAGCGUUGAUACAUGAGGCCCCUGGUCUCCUGGAUUGAACUCAUGGUGCUCUGAACGACGGUCAUACAAUUCUUUCAUUCUCUUCUGGGAGAGGCCCAGCUUUUCUCUCGCCAUGCAACCAGCCAUAAACAAACGAUGUCUAAACCCAUUGACAUAUUCCACCAGGUUAGUAGGUGGAUUCAUACUCACACAGUCCCCCUUCAGCACGGCCAGAGGACCCCGCACAGUAUGUCCAAAGACCAAUUCAUUUGGGCUGAAGCCUGUGCUCUCCUGUACUGCCUCCCUAGCAGCCAACAGAAGCCAUGGCAACCCGUCCUCCCAGUCUCUAUCCAACUCUAUACAAUAUGAGCGCAGCAGAGACUUAAGAGUCUGAUGGAACCGCUCUAAAGCACCCUGGCUCUGUGCAUGAUAAGCCGAAGAUUGGUUCUGCGUAAUACGGAGAAGCUUCAACACUUGCCGAAACCAUUUAGAGGAAAAAUUCGACCCUUGGUCACUUUGGACCACCUGAGGAAUGCCAAAUAUCGAAAUGAACUGAGUCAGUGCCUUAACUACUGCCUUGGUUGUAAUCGAUCUCAGAGGAUAUGCUGCCGGAUAUCGAGAGUUCUGACACAUCACUGUGAGCAGAUAUUUACAGCCAGACUUGGAAGGUGGCAACGGACCCACACAAUCCACAAUGAGGUGUGUAAAUGGUUCAUUCACGGCCGAAAUAGGCUGUAAUGGUGCAGGCUUGAUCUUCUGAUUGGGUUUUCCGGUGAGCUGACACACAUGACAGGUCUUAAUGUAUGUGGAGACAUCGCGCUUGACACUCGGCCAAAAGAAGUGUUUCAGGAUGUUGAGGUAUGUCUUGCGCACACCAAAGUGUCCACACUCAUCAUGUGCCACCUUCAAGACCAGAGGGCGGAAUUUAACUGGCACCACCAUCUGGAAAACACCAACAUCCACACCAUUUUCACUCACUGGAACCCACUUUCUAAACAGCAAGCCAUUAUGCAAAACACGCUCAAAUAGUUCCUUCAAAGAGGAAUCCUUACUUUGCUCCUGUGCCACAUCGCUAUGUGAUAGCGACACAGGGAGCUCUGACAGUGAUGGAACCUCCAACCCUAAAUCACUAUCACCGCUAGAUGAUGCGUCAGGGUCGGACUUGCUCAUAGCGCGUGUAACUACACAUGAUGGAGCAACUUCUGGAGUGCAACCAGAGCCCUCAGACACACAAUCAGAUGGACAAGAGGUAACCACGGGUGAGGGAGGAGUGUCAGCCCAAACUUUUCCACCAGCCAAACCGUUUGCUCAAGAUAAAAUACACACCUUCAAUAGGCAACGCUGGCCGAACACCAACAGCCACCUCACCAUUAACCAGCUCACAGUUCAAAACCAUCCUAUGCAAAGGAACAGGAAGAAUUUUCAGCCCCAUCCCACGACUAAGAACACAACCACCGGUAUCUGUCUCUCCGGACAAAGGUAAAACAGAUUCGACAAUGUAGGAAUCGUACGCCCCCGUAUCUCUCAGGAUCUUUAUUGGGAACUUAUCACCUCCUACAGUUGACACAAACCCGUCCCGAAUAAAAGGAGCAUAAGCCGCCAAGACACCAGAUUCACAAGCAUGAGAGGGCCCCACCUCCGAAACACUGCAGCUUCGAACCGGGGCAGCGAAUGCAGCAGGCUUAGCUCUCAUUCCCCUGGUUUUAGCUUUAAGCACAGGGCAAUCUGCUUUCCAGUGCCCUUUCUCAUGACAAUAAUUACAGAGGUUACCACUGUCAGCGUUGCCAUACGUUUUAAAAUCAGAUUUCAACAGGACUUUCUUUGAGCGUUGCAUUUCAGUCGAAACAUUGUCUGAAUAAUUUCCUCGUCCACCAAAAACAUCACGACCCGCAGAACGCUCUCUAAAACUGUUCCUGUGAAGCAACGCAUACUCAUCUGCUGAGACUGCCGCAGCAGCUGCAGUAGUGACUUUCUGCUCGGUGAUAUAUUUUGCGAUACGCUCUGGAAGACAAUUCUUAAGCUGCUCUAGAAUCAUCAAAUCACACAAAUUGUCAAAUGUAGUGACAUAAAGCGCAGAUAACCACCGUCUAAAGUGAGUUGACAGAUCCCUGACAAACUCCAUGUAUGUUUGGCCGUUUUUCUUCUCCCAGGACCUAAAACGCUGGCGAUAUGCCUCGGGCACGAGCUCAUAUGCCUUCAGCACCGCAGAUUUUAUUUUAGAAUAGCUAGAGCUAUCCUCAAGACUAAAGGAUGAAUAAGCCUCUUGAGCUUUUCCUGAGAGGACACACUGCAGCAUAAGGGCACGGUCUACAUCAGGCCAGUUUCUAGCCGUAGCCACACGUUCAAACAUAAAAAAAAAGGUGUCUGGAUCUCUCUCAUUAAACUGAGGUAGCAAGCGCAAGUUAUUCACAUCAAAACGAUGAGCAGAAGAGCUAGCCCCCUGUCUGUCCUGAUCCUCACCAGAUAACCUGCCAUCUCUGACCAAAGUCAAGCGCUGCCUCUCCAGAUCCAAUUUUGCCCUCUCAGACUCCUGGUGGAUUCUCACUAAUUCAAGUUGUUUUUUCAUCUCCAAUUCCUGUGUCAUUUUCUCAUGUUCCUGUUUAAUUUUUUCAUGUUCCAUUUGCAAAAUCAUAAUCUCUUUUUGCUGCUCAAAAGUUAACCACGGUGCCGGAAACUGUAAAGCAGUAGGACUCAGAGACUCCUCCUUGUCUCCAGGCAUCAGUCCCUCCUCAACCAAUUUUGUUUUUAUAGCUGCUUUAAUAUUUUCUUUAAGGCGUUUGUCUCCGACAAUCACAACUGAAAAAUGCUCAGCCACUAUGAGCAACUGCUCCUUUGUAAACGAAUCUAAUAUCUCCUGAGAUGGAGCAGUGAUGAAGUCAUCAAUUUCCGACAUUUUAAGUGUAUGAAGCUGAAUAGCUGAGCAAAUACAAUUUUACACACAACCAGACCCAGCAGAUACAGUGUUUACCCGUGUGCACUAAAAUUUAAUCUCAACCUGGUUUGGAGUUUCCCCGCUAUCUAACCACAGAUCCAGCUGACUAAGCUCCCCCCUAGUCUUCAUGUGGCCUCUUAUGGUGGGUACUUAUGCACUAAAGACCGCUGGGUCAGGAGAGCGACUAGCAGGCUAGCAACUCUCCCAAAACCACGGACAUGCUCCCAAGCCAAGCUUCAGCCACGUUCGCCACAACACUAUCCCACCCCCAGCUCAACGAACUCAAAGGAGAACGUCGCUACAACCUACAAGGGAAAACUCCUCGCCAGUUCACACGCACACAGAGACACACACAGCUAUGCACAGGGCAACACAGUAUCACUAGGCCCUGCUGCUAUCAGCAUAAACAAAGAGCAAACAAACUAGUCUCUCAGCAAAAUCGAAAAAACAGCAACAAACGCUUCACACAACUAACACCUCAUCCUUUCCCUCAAAUCCACACAUGCAAGCAGACAAUAAGUCACCUACUCAGGUAAACAAAGGAACAAAACCCCUGAGUGCACGCACGCUCUGACCCAAAUGGAACAAAGACUCAGAGCCAAACUUUAUAAAUAAGUCCACAGCACAAAAACCCCUACAAUCCGCGCCACACAGGUCGCAAUGAAUAUGUAGUGCAUUAUCUUAACCAACCCCAAGCUGCAAACAAGCCAAAGUGACGCACAACCAGGCACCAAAUACACCCAAAACUACAAACACACAAAUCUUACCCAAAGAAUGCGGACAAAACGGGAAAACACGGCUGGACGAGCCCCCAAUAUGUCAUAACCCGGCUCUUAAGCCAUGACAUAUAUGGAAACGGACGCAGUGUAGGGCGGGAAGUAAAGAUUUAUUUUAACAAAUUAGAGACUUAAACAAUAAUUUGUAAAUAUAGAGUGUGAUAGUCAGUGAUAUCAGUCAUGUAAGUGUGGAUGUGUGAGUAAUGAAGUGUAGGGUGUCGUGGGGUGAAAAUAAACCAAAGUCAAACCAAAGCAGAAAGCCUGAGACAGCAGUCCUGUGGCAGGGUCAGAGCAAGAGAGAGAGGCGCACUGGAGAAGGGCCUUUUAUGCUCUGUGGCAGCAUUAGGCACAGGUGCUUCAAUUAUCUGCCACACCCACUCUCUCCCAGGUAGCCCUGCAGGGAAAACAUGAAAUGGCUCCACCAGGAUUAGUCCACCAGACCCCAGUUAGGCAGGGCCGUCACAAAUGUCAGCAGUGAUGUGGAUGCUGCACAGAUCUAUCAUUGUUUAGAAUUAGCUGAGUUGAAAGGCAAAGCUCUCAAGUUACCAAUCAAUCUUUGUCCCUACCCUCACUACCCACAAGCUGUGGGUAGUAACCAAAAAAACAAGAUUGCAGGUACAAGCAGCCAAAAUAAGUUUCCUCUGCAGGGUGGCUGGGCUACCUCUUAGAGGGUGAGAGGCUUGGUCACCCAGGAGGGGCUCAGAGUAGAGCCGCUACUCCUCCAUGUUGAGAGUAGCCUGAAGGGCUGGCUUGGGCCUCUAACCAGGAUACCUCCUGGACACCUUGCUAGUGGGGUGUUCAGAGAAUAUCCCACUGGUAGGAGACACGGGGAAGACCCGGGACAUGCCAGAGAGACUAUGUUUCUCAGCUGGCCUGGGAAUGUCUCCUGGGAAGAACUUGGAGAAGUGGCCAAGGAGAGGAAAGUGUGGGCCUUCCUGCACAGGCUAACUGUUGACCAUGGAUGGAUGGAUGGGCGGACAGAUAGACAGAUGGAUAGAUGGAUAGAUGGAUGGUCUUUAACAUGAGAAAUACUGAGUUCAAUCAGAGUUAUGAAAUCUUUAUGCAGAAAACCUGUGGGGUUGAUUUAAUGGACAAUCUUCUAACCUGCUGUUUCUUGUUCCCAGUUUGCGACUCUGAGAAAAACAUUGACUGUGUUUUCAAUCUCUUCAGGAGAAUCCAGAUCUCUGCCCCUGCAGAACAGCAAAGACAGAGAUGGUCAGUCCAGUCCAGUUUCAGGCAGGAUGGGGAAGUCUUCAGUCAGCCCCACCAUGAUGCUGUCAGGAGGAGGAGCAGGUGAGUCAGGCAUCUCCACUCUGCAAAGAUCAGCUGUAAAGGUGUGCCCAGGUCUGUUUAUAACUUUUCUUCUAUGCAGAAUCAAAGUCAGCAUGUAAACUCGGACGUUCAGCCUCCAUCUCAGGUGUGCCUUCACCAGGUGGGAUGCCACAACGUCACCUUCAUGAGCCUCACCACCCCGCCCUCAGCCAGGUACAACACCUGUGAAGAAAAGCUCCCUGUAUACCUAUCUGUCUAAUUGUCUGUCCUUCUGUUUACCCAUCUGUCUGUUAACCUGUCUGUUCAUCUGCUUAUCUGUGUGUUCAUCUGUCAGAAUUCCAUACCUGCCAAUUGUUUUUUUGUAAUCAGUUUGUUAAAAAAAAAAAAAAAUUCAAAAAAACAAACAGAAAAAAAACAGAAUAAUUAAAACAGGAUCAACUUUCCGUCAAAAAUAGUACAUAUGUAAAAAGGAAACAUGGAAACAUGCAAAAAAAAACACACAAAAACUGGUAAACAUGCAUACAUGUUAACACAUAAACCCAUCAACAAAACAAAUAAACAUGCAUACAUGUUGUUUGGAAAUGAAAUUGUAAAAAGACAAACAGAGGAGAAAUAUGACUGUGCAAAUUGUUUUAUAAAAAAAAUAUGCGAUUGACUAAGUGAAGGUAGGUAAACAGGUGAUUAAGUAAACAUGUAGUAAACGUGCUUAUUUAAAUAUGUGGUAAAGAAUAUGUGGCUAUUUUAAUGUGUAAACAAAGUGUUUUAUUAAAAUUUUUGUAAAUCUGUAGAUUUUAGCUGUGAAAUAAUUAGACAGAUGACAUGAUAAACUGAUAAGCUGUUUUUUAACUGAACUUAUACUAACAUAACAAAAUUAACCCAACCCUAACCUGUACUAACAUAAACAAUAUUCUAACUUGAAUCCCAAGGAUUCUAAUGUAUUACCCUCAUCCAAUCUACUAAAUAUCACAAAUAACACCUGCAAUGUCUUACAGAUCUAACUCCGUCUACACCUGCAUCAUCCAAAGCCCCACCCAUAACUGAGCAAAGGCUGCUCCCUGAUGUUUAUGAUUCGCUCUUGGAGUUUGUUUCACAGAGAAAAGUAAAUUACGUCUUAGAGCAUUUCUGCAUGUCUUUGAUUCUACAUUUGUAUAAACUCUGAGUGGUCAAUAAUAAACUGCACUGACCCCAAAGGCCCAGGUAGAAAACACUUGUCAUGAUCAGUGAAGCAAUUCUGAAGCAUUAAUUUGAAUCUCCAAAUAUAAUUCUCAGAACAUCAUACAAUUUAUCUAAUCAUAACUUAAUUUCAUAACAGUAGAGAUGUUCUGUCAAAUGUUGAAACAGACAGAAUUUGGUUGUUUGCAAGUCAGUUGAGGUCAUUAUGUACCUGAAAACACAGCAAAGACAACAUAGUAUAAAAUUAAACCAAAAAUGUUGUUUCAUCUGCUCAAUUUAAAUCUGAUGUCUCUUCAGAGUUGUUAAAGGUCCCUUGUUGUUAAAGGAGAUAGCGUCCACUGUUUUUUUCCCUCACAUACGCCCCUCCGGGACAGCAACCAUGUCGAAAUUAUGACACAGCUGCUGCGUGGUUCUUGGCUGCACAAAUGAAGACAGGAGUAUAUUUCUGCCUCCUUUGUUGGAAGAUUUGAGGACCCAGUGGAUUAAUUUUAUUUUUAAGGCUGGUGCUUCCAGCUGCGGGGGUCUGGAGGUCCUCUGAAGAGGUCCUCAGAAGAUCUCCAGACCACCGCUCCUGGACCACUGCGGAGGUGCCAGCAGCUCAGAGUGGCCUUGGGGCGGAAGAUGUUUACACACAGCUCAUUAUCAUUUAAAGGUACAGGUGCAGAAUUAGCCCAUUCUUAGUGGCGCUCAAAAAGAGGAGGGUACAGGCUGGCUGAUAUACACAAAUAAACUUCAUAUUUACUAUUGUAGGACCUCUGGGACUGAUUUAAACUUGAUGAAAAAUGUCAUAAUAGGGGACCUUUAAAUGUACAACCAAAAAGGAAAAAAAAACUGCUAUAGAGGAACAUCCAAACAGGUAGAGCUCUUAUGGAGGGGGUGCGAGUACAGGAUGGGGUGUUUCCCUGGUUAACACACCUGUCUCUUGUCACUCACACAGACACUCUUGUGUUUACCAAGCUACAGCUUUCACAGCAGCUCAGUACACCACACCACUGUUUGACGGAGAUUUGACAUAAAAUAACAGAGGGAACGUGACCUCAAAAAAUAUAAAACAUCCUGAUCUCAGUCCAUCACACAUCCAAGCAGAGACAUAACUGAUCAAACAUUCAGGAAAUAUUUCUUACCUUGACUCUAGUGUCUAAAACGUUUCAUCCAUUUGCAUUGUGUGAAAAAGGUUUUAGCUUGCUUUAGCUUCAGGUGUCCUGAUAGAAGCCAACAGGAGGAGCAUCUCUGAACUUGGUACUGAGUCCAGACCACAGGUCCAGACAGGCUGUGACAAACUCACAGUGUCGAAACCGUGACGCAGUCUGUGUCUCAGUGGAUGAAGACCAGAAGUAAACAACUGAGCCGGCCGACCAGAAAAACACACACACACACACACACACACACACACACACACACACACACACACACACACACACACACACACACCAUUAAAUCAUGAACUUUAUUGAAAACACAACUGAAAAAAAAAAACACAUACAAAUUAUUUCACCAAUAAACAAAAAUGGAGAAAUUUCUCAUGAAAACAACCACCAAGGCAACUGAUGCACCCCCAGCUGCAAAAAAGCCCAAGAUUCAUAAGUAUGAUGACACAUACCUGUAGUAUUUGUCAAAAGCUUGAUGGCCUCCUGCAGCAACAGUCCACCAUUGCAAUGCACAGCACUGUCUCCAAACAGAGUCUGGUAGCAUCUUAUGUAGUGGCCAAAAGAAUCUGUAAACUAGGUAAACAGCAUACAAUUGCUGAGACUCUCAUUUUGCUGGCCGUGCAAUUCGUGCUGAAUAAUGAUAGGAGAGAUGGUAGCAGCCAAACUCAGUACAGUACCAUUGCCCAAUGAACAGUUGCUAGGAGAAUUUCAGACAUGUCCAAUUAUAUCAGAGAGCACUACAUUUCACCACAAUUGGGGGCAGCUUGCAAAAGGGUAAAAACCGCUGUUAUAGAGGAACAACCAAACAGGUCAAAAGUUGUUAUUGAGGACCAACCAAACAGGUAAAAAGUUGUUACAGAGGAACAAACAAACAGGAAAAAAAGUUGUUUGGUUUGAGGAUCAGCAGAGUCCAUGUCAUGGGUAGCUUCAUCAUCUGUGUCGGCUCCAUUAAUGCUGAAUAAUAUCUACAGGUUUAGGAGCAAAAUCUGCAGCCAUCCAGACAAUUACUUUUUCAGGGAAGACCUUUACAUUUCAGCAAGACAAUGACAAACCACAUUCUGCAGGGUUUACAACAGCAUGGCUCUGUAGGAGAAGAGUCUUGCUGAUAAAAUUGGCCUGAAACAUUUUGACUAUCAUGACUAGGGCUGGGUAUCACUUGAUUUCGAACGAUUGCGAUUUCGAUUCCUUGUUUCGAUCCCUAUCCUAUCGAUUCUCUAUUUCGAUCUUUUAAAAGGCAGCAUAUAAAAAGAAAUGCAUGGUUUAAAUGAGGGCGCUUACCAGAGUUCCUCUUUUUGGAUGAAAUUUCAGAACUUGUCCAUGAAUUUUUAAAUUAUAUGAACUUUUUAAGAACUUUACUAUGAAUUUCUCACAGGGCUGUUUUCAACCAGUAUACAAAUAUCAAUUUUUGUUGUCAGGUCAUUUUUCUGUGAAAAAGUACAAGGGCUAACGUUAGUUGGAUAUUUCAGUUGACCCACCAUACACGGUACAAUUUGUUUGAUGCUUCAAAGUUAGCAGAAGACAGAAGUAAUUUAUUGUUUCACUUACCUGAUUCUGACUGGUUAGCGGACCAGUGUUGUGCUGUAGAAUGCACCCCUGCCGUAGAAUGCAUCCCCUCCUCUCAUUAGCUUCUUAAAGUGGAAGAAAAUGGUCUCAUAAUAAAAAAAAACAUGAGUAUUAGAUCAUGACAACAUGUCAAAUGGAGUAGAAAACUUUCGUUUGGUUUUUAUGUGUCUCAAAAAGGUGAAAUAAUCAAAGACGGGAACUUGGGUAUUUCUCCUCCAUGAAUCCUGAGGUGUUUAAUCAUGUUGGCCGUGCAUCCUCCUUUGCAUGAUAUAACUUUUUUGCUAAUGUUGCACUGAGAUAAGGGUUCAUUCUUCCUGCCAAAGUUAGCCAAACUUUUGACCAACGAAGAAGCCACCGAACACCAACGAAGACGGAGCGUAUGAGACGAAGCCACAGAGAGAGAAGAGAGACAGAGAGAGUGCAUUGCAACCCACAGCGCCUGCAAUGCUGUGGGUUGCAAUGCACUCUCUCUCUGUCUCUCUUCUCUCUCUCUGUGGCUUCGGCUCAUACACUACAUCCUUGUUGGUGUACGGCGACUUCUUCCUUGUUGGUGUUUGGCGGAUACUUCUUUCGGUCGUCGGACUCCAGCAUCGAAACUUGGCAUGGAAUUUUUAAAAUUUGAAUGAUUCCGGGAGAAAUGUUAGUCCCGGUCCCCAUGGAUGUUCGAUUCUCAAUACCCAACCCUAAUCAUGACCCCAAAAACAGGACAAAGGAGACCCUGAACAGUUGAGCAGCUGAAAUUCUCUGUGAGGCAAGAAGGGGACAAAAUUUCACCUUCAGACGCCUACAGAUUGUCGGGGGGAAAGAGCAAUGUGACAAUUAUUAUUUCAGACAAAAAAGAAAAUCAUGUUCUAAGUAGGCAUCUUGCCCAUCAACAUAUCUAUGUCUGUCUGUGUGUUUCUGUGGUGAUCAGAAUUUUUACCUGAUCAGCUGUAUAAAGCUGUUUGUAGAUUUAUCUUAAUAACUCUGUUCUUCUCUUCAUUGUUUAUUUGGUUAUUUGAUGUAAUAAAACAGGAGCUUUAGCAUCAUGUUCAUGUUUCAAGGCUGGUGUCAGGCUGGGGUCUAAUUUGGCAGCUAGUAUUUAAAGACUCCUAAACACCAGACCUGUGUGAGGCUGGGAAGUUGCAGAUGGGGUGAAAUUAGACUUAGUUUGGCCUAGAAUAGUAAGGAUGUAAGGUGGUAAGUGGUGGACUGUGGUAAGAAAUAGUUUGCAGUAAGGGUUAGUUUGUGGUUAGGCUUAGUCUGUGGUUAGGAUUUGUUUAUGGUUAGGGUUAGUUUGCAGUCAGGGUUAGUUUCUGGUAAGGGUUAGUUUAUAGUCAGUUUGCAGUUAGGUUAAGUUUGUAGUUAGGGUCAGUUUGUGGUUAGGCCUUAUUUUAGUUAGGGUUUCUUUGAGGUUAGAGCUAGUUGUAUUUAGGAUAAGUUAGUGGUUGGGCUAAGUCUGUGGUAGCACUGAGUCUGUGGUUAUGGUUUGUUUAUGGUAAGGGUAAGUUUGCAGUGACUGUAAGUUUGUUGUUAGACUAAGGGCUCUAUCUUCGUGCCUCGCCAGCGGCAUGGUGUAGGUGUAGUAUAAGUCAGCUUCCUUGGCGAUAGGGCGUGCCAAAGCACACAUUGUUAUUUUGGUGAGCAGUGCAGUCCGGCCCAAGUACAUCCCCUCCCUAUCUCAGCUCUUCCCAGCAGCACAAGGAGGAAAGGAGGUGGGGAGUAGGCAUGAAGUUGGUUUAACACAGCUUGGUUUAAUUUUCACUAAUCACAUCAGCUCCUCUCCUAACUGUUAAAUCUGUCACCCCAGCAAUGUGUAUUGCAAAUUUUGAGUAGUCAAAAGAAUAACUGAAGACAACAAAGCCACAUGAUGGCGACAGGAGGCGGCCCUUCAACCAGUGUUGCUCUAAAGAGGUUGUGGCGUCCUCCACUCUUUGAAAUAAGCAUACACACACUGGUAAGACAAACAUCCUUUCACACAAAUAAUGUUAAAAUCUGAACCACCUAUCCAUGAAGGAUGCCUCACACACCAUGGCCUGGCUUUUCCUUCCGCUAAAAUAAAUCCUCUGGUCAGCCUUGGCAGCCUUUUUCGCAGCAGCUGGAUGGGGAGAGGACGAAGAGACAUAUCAAUCAAUCAAUCAAAUUUUAUUUAUAUAGCGCCAAUUCACAACAGUCGUCAUCUCAAGAUGCUUUUCAAGGAACAAGAGCAGGUCUAGACCACGCUCAUUGUUUGAUGAUCAAGAACCAACCUAAGAUGGGUUUUGGCCCAUCUCAACUAACAUGAGUAACAGUGGCAAGGAAAAACUUCCUUUUAACAGGCAGAAACCUUGGGCAGGACCAGCCUCAUGUUAGACAGCCACCAUGCCGCUGCUGGGUUGGUGAGGAAUGUAGUGUGAAGAGGGGAGAGGGGACAAGAUAAGGGAAGGCGAGAGAGAAUGAGUAAGGAGAGGGAGGGGGGAGGGAGAGAGAGUAGAGAACGAGGGCGAGAGAGAGACAGGGGGCAGCAGAAACAACAGCAACAACAACAACAGCUCAUGUAAUGGUGAAGAAAAAAGAGUUCAGUUUACAGGGUUAGGAUAUGAGUGAUUAUGGACAGUGUUAAAUUAAUUGAGUGUGAUUACAGUUAGCAGUUAGCAGGCCUAAUCGUAGUCAGUUCUAGUUUAUGUUAUUAAUGUCAGUAAUGUCAGUGAGGCUGAUGUUCAUGUCUGCAGUAACAGUAACAGUCCAGAGGAAUCCAAGAGAAGAAGCUCAGGGCUUGAGGUGGAUAAUCAUAGAUGAUGCGGCAAACAGUCCAGAGGAAUCUUAAAUAACUUAAAUGGGCUUAAAUAACUAUCAUGUAACUCUAUUGCGUGUGACUAUGUAUUGGAUAAUUAAUUUAAUGUGGUUUCAGCUGCUUUAAUUUGAUCAGGUUGACUGUCCACAUGCAGGCCAAUCAGAUAAGAUAUACAUCAGACUCGAUAUACAGUACAGGCCAAUAGUUUGGACACACCUUCUCAUUCAAUGCAUUUUCUUUAUUCUCAUUACUAUUUAAAAAGCAUGUGAAAGCAUCAAAACUAUGAAUGAACACAUGUGGAAUCAUGUGCUUAAGAGAAAAGUGUGAAAUAACUGAAAACAUGUCUUAUAUUUUAGAUUCCUCAAAGUAGCCACCAUUUGCUUUUUUGAUAGUAAGUAAGUAAACUUUAUUUAUACAGCGCCUUUCACAGACCAAGGUCACAAAGCGCUUUACAGUAAAAGCAAAAGCAAAAACAAUACACAGUUAAUAAAAACAUACAAAGCUAAAAUUUAAAAGGCCAAAACAACACUAUAGCAACCAUAGCAGCCCCAAGACAGUUAGGGAAAAUCCUGAACAAAUAAAAAUGUCUUUAGUUCCCUUUUGAAGGAGUCAACAGACUCCAUCAAACCCAGAGCAGGCGGAAGAUCGUUCCAGAGCUUGGGAGCAACAGCCUGGAAGGAUCGGUCUCCUCUGGUCUGUUCUCUCAAUGAGCUUCAUGAGGAAGUCACCUGAAAUGGUUUUUACUUCACAGGUGUGCCUUGUUAGGGUUACUUUGUGACUGACUCUGUCAGUCGCAAAGUACUUCUGUCAUCAAGAGCAAAGGGGGGCUAUUUUAAAGAAACUAGAAUAUAAAACAUGUUUUUAGUUAUUCCACACAUUUUUUAUAAGUACAAAAUUUUACAUGUGUUCAUUCAUAGUUUUGAUGCCUUCAGUGAUAAUCUACAAUGUAAAUAGUCGUACAAAAAAUAAAGAAAAGACAUUGAAUGAGAAGGUGUGUCCAAACUUUUGGCCUGUACUGUAGAUCUAAAUGUACAGACUCAGAUAGUUGCACUGAGUAGUGGUUGUUGUUGAUUGUUUAUUGCACUAAAAUGUGAAAAUCCUGCCCGUGAUGUGUGUCUACUGGUCUACCAAAUUACCACUUGACCAGCUGCAUACCACUUGCACUGAAAGCCAGGUUUGAAUCCACAAACUUUCAGAGCACUUUCUGCAACGUCAGUGGUCACAAAAAUGUCACUGCACUAACUGAUUCUAUCGACACCUCCCCCUGCUGUGCUGCCACACCCAGCUCGGUGCAUCUUGGUGUACCUCAGUCUACAAAAAUACAAAAUUGGCAGUGCGCUGGGCCGCGCCACACUAAAAACUACUUGGGGUGUGCCACCUUGCACUACACUGCUGGCAGGCACAAAAAAUAGAGCCCUUAGUCUGUGGUUAGGGUUUUUUGUUUGUGGUAAGGGUUAGUAUGUGGUUAGAAUUUGUUUGUGGUUAGGGUUAUUUUGAAGUUAGGGUUAGUUUAUAGUUUGUGUUAGUUAGCAGUUAGGAUUAGUUUUUAUGAAGGGUUUGUUUGAGAUUUGAAUAAGCUUGUGGUUAGUGUAAAGUUGCAGUUAGGGUAAGCUUAUGGUGUUAGUCUGUGGUUAGGGUUGCAUUAUGGUUAGAUGGUGAGAGUUAGUCUCUUGUUAGUACAAGUUUAUGGUCAGGGUAUGUUUGCAUUUCGAGUAAGUUUGUGGUUAGCCUUACUUUGUGGUUAGGGUUAGUUUAUGAUUAGAGUUAGUUUGCAGUCAGGGUAAAAUUGUGGUUAGAGUUGAUUUCUGGUUAGCGUUAGUAUGAGGUUUUGGUUAAGGGUAAGGGUAUGUUUGGGUUUGGGGAUAGUUUCAGGUUUGGGUCACUUUGUGGUAAGGGUUUGUUUGUGGUUAGGGUAAGUUUGCAGUUAAUGGUAAGGUUUAGUCUGUGGUUAGAGUUAGUCUGUGGUAAGGGCUCAGUUGCAGGUAAGACUAAGUUUGUGGUAAGGGUUAGGUUAAGGUUAGGGUUUGUUUGUAUUAAGGGCUAAUUUGGAGUAAGGGUAGUUUUGUGGUAAGAGUUUGCAGGUAAGGUGAGUUUGAGUUCAGGGGUUCAGAUUGGUUUGUAGUCAGGAUAAGUUUAUGGAUAGGGUUAUAUUUUUGGUUAGGGUUAGUUUACUGUUAGUUCAUGGUUGGGGUAAGUUUCUGCUUAAGGUAAGUCUGUGUUUAGGGCUAGUUUAUGGUAAGAGUUUGUUUUUGGUUAGAGUUAGUAUGUGGUCAUUGUUAGGUUAUGCAAAGGGUUAGUCUAUGUUAGACUAAGGGCCAACCCCAAAUGUACCCCUUAGCCCUUGUCUUAUCCCUUGGUUUCGCACAUUCAUGUCAAGGGUUGUCCCAAUUCCUAAGUAAAGUUAAGGGAAAGGGAAAGGGGUACACAGCCCUUGAAACAAAGACAAACUGGAACCUUGCUUGAAAGUAAGGGGUAUGAUUUUGAUAUGAUUUUCAUAGCAAUUACACUUUUUUUUGUUAUCAGAUAUUCAAUUAUCUGAUACUCCACGUAACUUAGAUAUGUUUUGAAGUGACGAGCUAGCUAACAAAGCUACAGCUAUUGAUAGCAACACUGAUGUCAGACUUGGUUGACAAAUUUACAGCAAGCGGGCUAUACUACAAUGUACUACAUUUCAUGAAUAAUCACACAGAAUGAUCAAACAGCGUAGCUUUAUUCAGUACAUUAGUAAUCGCAAAGGUAGAAGCUACACCAGGAGCUUCUAUGUAUGCUCUUCUAUGAGUAAAAUAGAGUGUUAUGCAUUGUUUUCAACUUCUGUUACUAACAACAGUUCAUAAUGGCUAAACAUUACAAAAGUAGGCAUUGUUUUCUAACUUGUUUACAGGUAUUGUCACAUCAGCCUAUGACACAGCCAGCAAGGGGCAAGGCAUGAUUAACAAGAAUUGAGUGGUGUCUCGUUUCUUAGGGGUAUGUUUUCACCCCUUCCCCUUGGCCUUCUGUUUUGAGGGCAAAGUGGAAGGAAUAGACAAAGGGGUAAGACAAGGAGAAUGGGUAAGAGUGAUAAUUGGGAUUGGCCCUUAGUCUAUGUAUAGGGUUAGUUUGCAGUUAGAGUAAGUUUGUGGUUAGGGUAAGAUAGUGGUCAGGUUUAGUUUGUGGUUAGAGUUAGUUUGUGGUUAGGUUUAGUUUGUAGUUAAGGUUUGUAGUCAGUCUGUGGUAAGAGUGGUAGUUAGUUGUGGGCUCUAACAGGAUGACCUAUGCUGAGCUGUGCUUUUGCAGAUGCCGUGGCUUUGUGGUGAUGUCACCAUGAUGGAGAUGAUCGAAAAGAAAAGAGUUUUGUGUCGAGAGAUAAAAGCUCGUCAGCGUCCAGAGAAGAAUCUGUAUAAACAGGACAGCAUGCCCAUCUUGCCCAGUUGGAGAAGGAAGCAGCCACCACCAUACUCGGCCCCACCCACCACUAACACUGGACACACCAGCAAGGUCUUCUGGGACACGGCCAUCUGA